AGCGAUUGUACACACAAGGAACUGCAGACGGCCCCUUGAAGGGUGUACACCUUAUUGAUCCGACUACACAGGUAGAGACAUGUCUUUUUAUAUCAAGAUUUAAGAGUUAAACUGGUUCUAGAAUAUAUAAAUAUAAGAUGUUCUGAUCUAUUUUAGUUUAUCAGCUUGUUUAGAUUUAGAAUGGCCAUAUACCUGUUUCAGACAUCCUAACGUCCCCACACACCUGCUCUGUAAAUUAAAAUGUAUCUACGCACCAAUAGCUUGCAAUUUAUUCAAUCGCUUACAAUCUGAAGAAUCAACAAUGCAAAUGGUGAGCUUCCAAGCUGAUACAGAAAAAUAAAAUGCUCUGACAUUCAUUCUAAAUCAUUCCUGCUUUUGCCGACAAUCAAAAAAUGCUUAGGAAUAGGAAAUAUUCCAAGCACUUGCUUAAAGGGGAAAUGGCAAAAAAAGUAUAUACAUUCUGACAUGUAUCAUAUAUUGAUCUAAGUUGCUUUUUAAUGCUUUUACUGACUAUAAACAUUCAGUUAAAAGAUAUGAGGAUUUUCCUUCCCUCGUCUAGUCUUUAUCCUUUAUAAUCACAGAAAAGAACACAAAUAUGAGGGACAUGAAAUAGCUGCUUUUAACUGAAAAAUAUGUUGUACAGAAAAAAAAGUCAGAGUAACAAAUGUCUAAUUUUCCUUAUUUUGCACUUUGACCACCAAAGAGUAGAAUUGCACAACUAAAGGGAAAAGGUGAAUAAAAUAUGCACAGCAAAUAUAAUUUGCGCAAAUAGUGUAUUAAGCUAUGGUACUUCAUUACACUAUAACCACUACAAUGAGUUAUAUUAUUUAUGGUACGUGGAGUAUGAUAAUAAUUACAAAUGCAUUACAAAUCGUCACAUGUUAAGUGCUCAGGUAAAGUUAACGAUGGUUGUAUUUUCUGUAACGUGUGUAUAUAAAGCUAUUUUGUACCGUAAUACUUAAAUACUGUCCAAAAAGCGCAUCCCCGGACAGGGCUUGUGGUGCAUUGUUAUGCCUCCCCCAUUCUCUGUGAUAUUAUUUUGGAAUGGUUUGAAAAAAAUGGGUCAACCAAAACCCAAUCCUUCUACAUACCUGCUGCUGUUUAGCCUUGGCUGGCAACAAUAGACUGCAAGUUUGGGGGAUGAGUUAGCUACUGCUUCUGCCUAUGAUUGGAUGACCUCGGACAGAUAACACGGAAGGGAUUCUUCCAUUUUACUCUCAAAACUGCAAAGAGGCCGGGUUUUGGAUGUUAGGGAAAGACAUGUUUUUUUCAGAUCUCUCAAAAGCAAUUCGGCAGAAACCAGGUGACGACAGAUGAUGAUGACUGGUAAGGCCAUAACCCCAAGAAUGAACAGGAGUGUGUAUGGUGCUUUAAUUUAUAACAGUACUCUAGCAUGUAUUAGGGACCCUUAUGCCAUCAGUAUUGCUCUUACAUCUUGUAAUGGAGUCCAGUACUCUGGUUGAGUACCACAGUUUAUAGUUCCCUCUAGCUGGUGAAUAUAGCAUUGGAGUGAUCAUAGCUCUUCUCCAAACACUAGACGAUACAUAGUGAAUGAUACAGCAACAACAGUUUAUUGUCUCCGCGGAUGCAUAUUUAGAGGGACAAUGAGAACAUCGGGUCAUCAACUGUUGCAAUAGGUUCCUUCCCUGUACUGUGUCUGGGAGAUAAUUCAAUUAUCGAGUGAUGACUUUAAACAUUUCUAGACAACACAGCACCAUAUAAUAAUACGUUAAAAAACGUAGUUUUUCAUAAAAGCAAAUUAAUAAAUUAUGCAUCCCCGGAUAGGCCUUGUUUCCCAAGCAACAUUCCAAAAAGUGCCAAGAUCGGAUGUACCCAGCAUGAGAAAAUGUCUAGUAAAGUUUAACCAGGCUGUGGAGUUCCAGGCUCUCGCAACUAAGUGCCGGUCUUCUAAAACAGGGGCGUUCUGGCUUUAGAGAAAGGGGCUCCCCAGGCUCUCUUUUUUGUAAUACGCUGGAAUCCAGACACAUCUUCAUCUUUCCAGCUUUGUGUUUAAGAGAUUUUCUGGGAAGCUCCCACCCUACCUGAGCAGAAUGCUCUCCCCGGCUGUUCCCACCUCCUAUAACCUCCGAUCCAGUACAAGCACUUUACUUAGUCUACCUCAAUACAAAAAGAAAGCAGCUCGAUCCUCCUUUUCCUGCAGAGCACCGCAAUUAUGGAACGACCUCCCGCACAAUUUAAAAUAUUCCCUAAGCCUAAAGUCCUUUAAGAGAUCCCUCUCUACAUACCUCAAAACAGAAUGCACAUGUCAUGGUUGAUUAUAUAUUUCCUGCCUGUUCUAUGUUAAAUUUUGUAUUUAUUGUGUAUUAAUAUUGUUUUUGUAUUUUAUUGUACCCUAAUGUAUCAAUGCAAUGAUUUGUGGACCCAGGACAUACCUGAAAACGAGAGAAAUCUCAAUGUAUCUUUCCUGGUAAAAUAUUUUAUAAAUAAUAAAAAUAAAUGAUAAUACUACUAUAGGGGGAGGGGUGGCACUGCCUUCACUGAGUGGAAGAUAUCUUACAUGGGUAAAGAUGUCCUGUAUUGUAAGUGCAGACGUGUUUAAUUAUGUACUUGUAUCACAGUUUUUGUGGCUGUCAGGACUAGAACUGGACUGACUGGAAGUAUUGCGAAGUACAGUAUAGUGUUAUUAUUAUCACGUUGUUGGCUUGUUCUUCUGAUUAUUAAUGUCUCUCUGUGGGGAUGCUGAUUUCCAAUAAAAACAGUGAGUAACAAAACAGCAUUGCAUCAAUAGACAAUACAGAAUAUUACCAUAUUUUAGCAGUUUGUGUGUUUGUUGCAAUCUUUUAUUUGACAUCACAGAGCUUUUGAGACCAUAUGGCCUUAUAUCCUUUAGCGCUGUCAAACAAUGAUACUUUGCACAUAAAUUAACACCAGCACUUUACAGGAACCUUGUCCAGAUAAGUAUUGAACCAAAAAUACAAAGAUAGGAAGAUCUAGGCAGAGAGGAGGAAACUCCUCGUCCCUACACUAAGUCAACCAAAAGAGGAAACCCCAUCCUUGAUGUAAUGCUAAAAAUAAAACUUAACCUUUAUUGAUAAAAAAUAAAAUAAUGCAAACACACAAAAAAUAUAGAUAAAGAUAAAAAGUAUAAGGAGUGCCACCGCAAUCACUGUGGGUGUGGACAAUAAAAAUGAAUCAUAUUAUGUCCUCCAGAACCACUUAUGGAUAGGUAUCAAACAAGGAGGCUAAUAACUAAAUAGGGUAGGAUAUGGAGAGGAGAGAGAAAAAGAAAAUUAAAUAAAUAGAGGAAAUCCUCUGAGUCACUAUAAACAACUCCUAGAGAGGAAAGUGAGAACCUAAUAGGCACUGUGGCAGAUAGUAACAAAAUAUCUAGUGCAAGUAGAAACUAAAUUGCACCUGUAACAGUAACCCCUAUAAUGUGGGAUAAUAAACUGGAUAUUGUUACCAAAAGAGCCACUGCAGCAUAAAUGAGACUGUCAAAAUAGAAAAAGACUCAUAUCGUGAACAAGCAAACUCCUUCCCUCCUCACGUAUCCCCAAAUCCCUUAUGCUAGUAACAGCUUGCUAGAACCUAACACUCGUGGCAACACCAAUCUAGACUACCUAACGCACGUUUCAGCGCUUCUAAUGCACCUUCGUCAGAGGUAAAGUAUUGAACCAAGACACCUUUAUGUAACAUCACACCAGCUGAAUUAAAAAAAAAAGAAAAAGGAACCUACACUUUUCACACCAUAUUCCAAAUUGUCCUAUCUAGAGUCAUUUUCAUACUGAGGCGAUAAAGAUAAACAUCCAUCAGGCGGUAAAGUUAUCCCGUGGCUUUCCGGUGCUGACCAUACCCUCUCAUAAUUACCUAGGCACUAGGCAGUGAAUUAGGUACAAUGGCGAUAAGCCUAUCCAUCAGGUUUUCAUCGUUCAUUUACGCAAUUAUCUCCUGCAAGGAAGAGAGCUCUGUCUGCAGACAUUUAGAAGAAAUGGCCCUAUGGGUACCCAAAGUGAUCUUAUUGUAUAGUUUGUGCUUGUGAGCAAGGAAUCCCCUACUCUCCUCCCCCCCCACAUUCCCCCAGUGGUUUUGGUAACUAAAGGACCAUGGGCGCAGUUGAAAGUGUCUGUGAAAAACACAAAAUAGGAGGUUCUGCAUAGAGCACCAAAAAGAUGCCACCUUAGGACAAGACUACCACAUGUGUAGAUAGGUGCCUUGGUCUCCAAAUAUACUCCAACAUAGAUCCGUGGUUGACUUCCCCAUGCAAAAUACUUGAGUGAUGUAUCAACUCAUUAAUAUUUUGCACACUUGUUCCUGGUGAAGUAUGCAGAUAGAUACCCCAUAUCUCCUUCCAUUGAACUUUCUCCAGGGUCCCACCCAAGUCCCAUUCCCAUGCUGGCAAUAACUGAAUGAUCCCCAUUCCAAAAGAGGGAAGAGUAGACCCAAGUGAUGAGCCCCUUAACUAUUUGCCCCUCGUCAAAAAGCCCUUUCGAAAAAAGGUUAGUUAUCUACUGACUGCCCACUUGACCCUUUCAUUCCCUGCGUAAUCUCUUAGCUGUAGGUGCCUAAAAUGAUCUUUUACGGUCAGGGGGACCAGCCCUUUAAGGUCGUGAAAAGAGACUACUGAAUGAUCCCUGUAUAACUGGUACAUUUAUUUAUUUAUAACAUAUUUUACCGGGAAAGAUACAUUGAGAUUUCUCUUGUUUUCAAGUAUGUCCUGGGUCCACAAAUCAUUGCAUUGUUACAAUUAGGGUACAAUAAAAUACAAAAACAAUAUUAAUACACAAUAAAUACAAAAUUUAACAUAGAACAGGCAGGAAAUAUAUAAUCAACCAUGACAGGUGCAUUCUGUUUUGAGGUAUGUAGAGAGGGAUCUCUUAAAGGACUUUAGGCUUAGGGAUGAUUUUAAAUUGUGCGGGAGGUCGUUCCACAAUUGCGGUGCUCUGUAGGAGAAGGAGGAUCGGGCUGCUUUCUUUUUGUAUUGAGGUAGACUAAGUAAAGUGUUGGUACUGGAUCGGAGGUUAUAGGAAGUGGGAACAGCUGAGGAAAGCAUUGUGUUCAGGUAGGCUGUGAGUUUCCCAGAAAAGCUCUUAAACACAAGGCUGGAAAGAUGAAGGGUGCGUCUGGAUUGCAGCGACAGCCAGUUUAAUUCUUUUAGCAUGUCACAAUGGUGGGUCCUGUAAUUACAUUGUAGCACAAAUCGACAGAACGAGUUAUACAAUGUGUUGAGUUUAUUAAUGUGGGAUUGCGAUUCAGAUGCAUAUACUACUUCCCCAUAAUCAAUGACAGGCAUCAGCAUUUGCAGUACAAUCUUUUCCUUUACUGUAGGGCUUAGGCAGGCUUUGUUUCUGUACAGGGCACCUAGUUUUGGAUAAAGUUUAGAUGCAAGCUUUUCUAUGUGCAGGCCAAAAGAUAGAUUGGGCUCUAAUAUCAUACCCAAGUAUUUGAAAGAGUGGACUGCGGUCAGUGUGCCAUUUGAAUUUGAUUUGAUGGAUAGGUGGGAAUUGUGUAAUUUGUGUAAUUUAGGUACUGUUCCAAAGAUCAUUGUGACAGUUUUGUCAGUGUUCAGGAAGAGUUUGUUUUCUGCGAUCCAUUUUUCUACCUCUGUAAACUGGUCUUGGAGCACAGCCUCAAGCUGCGGUAGAUCGGAAUUGCUCGCAUAGAUUACCGUGUCAUCUGCGUACAUGUGUACAUUUGAGGAUUUGCAGACAUUAGGCAGAUCAUUUAUAAAUAAUGUAAAUAGUAGGGGGCCGAGAAUGGAACCUUGGGGAACACCACACGUGAAUGGGAGGGGGAGGGAGUCGCUGUCAGAAAUGGACACAUAUUGCGAGCGAUCCGAUACAUACGAUCGAAACCAGUUUAGCGAACGAUCACCAAUACCUGAGUUUUUGAGUUUGUGCAGUAGAAUGACGUGGUCUACUGUGUCAAAGGCCUUAGCAAAAUCAAGGAAAAUAGCUCCAGUUAGGUCUCCUCGUUCCAUGCCAGUUUGGAUGUCAUUGCAAACUUUUAAGAGGGCAAUUGUAGUGGAGUGAUUCUGGCGAAAGCCCGAUUGAUCAGGGGUCAGAUAGUUUGAUUGUUGGUAGUACUCACAUAGUUGCGUAUGGACAAAUUUUUCUAAGAUUUUUGACAAUACUGGGAGCAAUGAUAUUGGGCGAUAGUUAAAAACCAAAGUAGUGUCACCGCUUUUAUGGAUAGGCACUACUCUCACAGUCUUGCAAAGUUUGGGUAUGUAUCCAGACACCAAGGAUUCGUUAAUUAGAGUUGCGACGGGUUUAGCAAUUGCCGGCGCACUGAGCUUCAACAGCAUUGCUGGGAUUUGAUCACGUCCGGACUGGUUUUUUAUUUUUAGAUUAUUAAGAUGUUUUUCAAUGACACUAACAGGUACAGGUCUAAAAAUGAACUUUUCUAUAUUGGGACUUCGCAAAAAUGCAUUGGAGACCAGCAUUGUCCUAUCCCCUAAAGCCCUGUGGAGUCAUACCUGUUAUCAUACACGUGAAAAUCCUUGUUCCUGAGAAAGGGUGUCAUUGGGGACAUUGGGAUAGUAUGGGCAAAUUGUGUUUUAAAGCAUCCCAUAGUUCUUAUGAGAGAAGGAUGACCAGGCACCCUUCUAGGAAGGGCUUAUCCACCCACAUAUAAAACUAUGGUAGGUAAGAACCCCUAAGGUCUGACUCUAAAUCACCCCACUUCCUCUCACCCAGGGAGUGGGGGGUGGGAGGGGUAUGCCAAGGAAAUAGCUGUGCCAGUUGGGCUGGUCUAUAGACCAUAACUAGUUUUGAUAAACCCAUGUUUUAAAAAUGUGAAAAAUUUUUUUAAAAGGCCAAUAAGUGUCACUUUGAAAUGCAGAAAGCAUCUAUAGAGCAUGUUUGCCCCGAGUUAAAUGCACUCUUUGCAACAAAUGAAAGGUCCAUAAAAGGUGUUCGAGUUUCUGCUGCUUAUCACAGAAGCUUCGUUGUGUGUUCUCAAAGAGCUGUCUGGAGGGAUAAAGCCCACCUCAUCAUGGUGAACCAAGAGUGCUGAUGUGUGCUUUUAAACUAAGAUUGUCAUCGCAAUAGCUGGUAAUCAGUAUUUCUAUAUUAUACCUUUUGAUUUUCAGAUAAAAUUGCAUAUGUUUCACUUAUUAAGCUACCUAUAAAUAGAAUUGGUACCAAACAUGCUAGGUGAGGUUUGAGCACGGACAGCAAUCUGAAUGACGCUUAAACGGCUGAAAUGGAUAUAUUUAUAACUUUUUAUCUUUUCUGAUGUAUAUGCAGCGUCCAUCAACUGCUAACAUCAAACAUGCUCUAUAGAUGCUUUCUGCAUUUCAAAGUGCCACUUAAUAUGGGCUAAAGCCAUAAAUAAGUAAACUGAACAUAUUGGAAUGGCCUUCGCUAGAAUUUGUAUGUUUAGUGAUAGAUCCUGCGUGUACAAUUACUGUAUUCUGGGAUGGGCAUGGGAAAACAAGGCUUUUGAUGUUGCUGGCCACGUGCCAGUCUGUACAGGUAUUGUUACAGAGAUACAAUGACAGCCUAGUAUAAACGUGGCCAUUACAGACAUCCUAUGCUUCAUGAAGUUAUUGGUGUGGUUUAAGCUAUAAACAAACUUAUACCAAUAAGUGGAGCGCUCCUAACACAAGUACAGCUUACCAGAUGGUAUCCCAUUCAAUGGCGCAGUGUAAGGUACAUGUUUAAAAAGAUACAAAGGAAUACAAUAUAGUGUAGAUGGUAUGGAAGGUGUUAAUUUGGUAAUAGUAGUUAUAUUAGGUAAAUUGAACACUCACAUUUCUAGGAGCCUGUAUAUGAGAACACUGGCUCCGUAUGUUAGCUGAUGUGCUUAUAAGGGUAGCACCGCCCGCCUCCUUCAGUGUGGGGUAAUUCUCCAAAACAAAAUGAUAAAGAGAGCAGACCAAUGUGUAGAACGUGCUUAAUAAAAACACAAUAUGGUACAGAUAAGUGGUUUGCUCACCUGGUCCUGAGCCUGUAGGUCCCGGCUCUAGGUAUGUGCGCUUGGUGUCACUUUAAGUGGGGGUGACACUACCCCUGGGAAGAUUCUCCUGAGGUUUCCAAAAGAGGGACUUGAAAGGAAUGUAGUAAAAAAAUAGUGGAUUUAUUUAGAACAAAAUCAAUAAAAACAAUAAUAGUUAAAAAGUCCUCUUUAAAAGUCCUCUUAGAAAUGUGAGUGUUCAAUUUACCUAAUAUAACUACUAUUACCAAAUUAACACCUUCCAUACCAUCUACACUAUAUUGUAUUCCUUUGUAUCUUUUUAAACAUGUACCUUACACUGCGCCAUUAAAUGGGAUACCAUCUGGUAAGCUGUACUUGUGUUAGGAGCGCUCCACUUAUUGGUAUAAGUUUGUUUAUAGCUUAAACCACACCAAUAACUUCAACCGUAUUUUGUGAAAUAGAGGAUAUUUUCACAUAAGUGUAUUGAGCAGCUUAUAAAUCACUUCACCUGUUUUAAAGCACUGUACUAUACACACUCCUCUGUAAAAGGAGGUAACCUUUGACUGGUAUCCUAUGCUUCAUAUUUAUCGGUUUAUGUUGUCGAGACACUCAAAGCAAAAAAAUGGUCCAGGCACAGUGAGCGGCUUAUUCACUUAACUGGAACUUGCGGAAUAUACAUAAGGGAAUGAUAAAAUUUAAGGUAAGCAUAGCAAAUUUGAAAAAAAUUGUCACUCUAUUUUCAGUUUGCCACAAUUCACUGUAUGGUUGAAUAAAACCUCCUUGGAAUCUAAAUGCGGUACCAGUGAAUUAGACUACGAGAUUUGUGGUAUGUGAAUAAGUUGGUAAUGCCGUGGAUCUAAUGCUAUUAGUCCCCCCUUUCUUGGCGAAUAUCCACUACCUUCUUGCUGUGCGGGGUGUAAAAUCCCCCCCCCCUCCAGCUGAACUUUGCCUGAUCUGUCUGGGCACUCCCCCCCUUCACCUCCUCAUCGCAGAUAAAUCAGACUUCACCCCCCCUUACACACACACACAGACACACACCCCGAACACAGGAACAAGUGAAGAACAUUUACUAUUCUCUCCAUCAAACAGGUGAUUCAUUCUUGGCUGUUUUACUAUUACACCUGCAGCAUACAGCAAGCAGGUACUGGAUGCCAGUUUUUUUUUUUUAUCUCGCUUGAGAAGAAGGUGAUACCCAGCAAUUGAGGAGGACACAGAACUGAGUGCAGUGACCAGGUAUGUGUCAAUGGGUGUCAAGUUGUUACAAAAGAAUGUACUUCGAGUUCUUAUUCAAUAACACCGAGCAAUAGUGCAGUGAGGAACAAAUUGCAGAAAUCAGACUAAACUAGUCAAACUGUGACUAUGGCUAUGUGAGUUGGAGAUUUUUUUUCAAAUCAGCUACUUUUUCCCAAUAGUUUUAGAUUGUAAGCUCUUUCGAGCAGGGUCUUCGUCAACCUAUUGUUCCUGUAACUUUUUAUAAUGAUCUUAUUUAUUGUUAAAUGUUCCCCUUUUCUAAUAGUGUACGGCGCUACAGAAUAUGUUGGCGCUAUAUAAAUGCCCAAUAAUAACAAUAAUAAUAUUAAUAAUCUGUAUAUGUGAGAGAUCAGGGUGGUGCUUUUUUAGCAUUUUCAUUGUAUGUAUAAAAGGAGAGGUGGUUAUGUAGACAAGUUGGAUGGGAUAUUGUUGGAAGAUCAAAGUUUAGGACCUUUUAACCUCUAAUGUUAUUUUAACUUCUUUCUUCCAGUUUAUGUCCAUCAAUGUGGUGAGGAUUUGAGUUAAAAUCAAAGAACACUAUCAGUUUAAUAAAUAAAUACAAAUCAUUCUUUUAUAAAAUCCCUGCUAAUGCUAUCUAUACUAUGUUGGGGGUGGGGGACAGGAUAAACACUUUCUUUUCUGAUUCUGUUGCUAUUUGAUUGCUAAACCAAGACAAGGUUAUUCACUUAAAUGAGAAUUGUUAGGAAUUCAAAUUAUAGCCCGUAAUAGCUGAAUUGAAAACAUAGCUGGCUUGAUGAAGUUUUCCAGUUUUGUUUUUUUCUAACAAAAUAAUUGGCUUUUAAUUCCUGAAACUUUUGUGGAUAUUCUUGUCAGAGAAAGCUGUUUUAGAAUUCAGGGGAUAGGAUGAGUAAUAGUCUGUGAAGCCGAGUGGAGAAUGUCCUUUAUCUUUCUGUUCAGGAGAUAAAUAUAUAUGAAGGACAUCGAAUUUUAUAACUUUGUGUUUUCCCAAGAUCAUUCUCUUAAAUUUCUCUAUGUAUCCCCUGCUUUUGACCCCAAUCCCACCGUUUACUCAUCCAACUUGCCCAUUUUCUUCCCUCUUCUAUUCCCCUCCCCCUUUCUUUCUCGGCCUCUCACCCCAACAUUCACUUCCUACAAGAAUUAUUGCUCUGCUUAUUAAACCCCGUGAUUUACACAGAUCCCACAAGUAGGGUAAAUUGAAGCAUCUGCUCCAUUAGGUGUGAUAAAUGAGAUGGUAAUAAAAAAUAAAUAGUUUCAAAUUAAUUCUUAAAUGCAUACCCUUUCACAGCCAGAGCAGCCAACACCUAAUUCCACAAAGGUGGGUGUAGAACAUAAAUAAACUGGCUUUCCAAAAAUGACAAUACGUGGAGCAGUUGGAUUAGUUAAAUAAAGCUUUCUGGACAUGGGAUGCCCCAGACAAGAAAGAGCCCUGAAAACUAAGCUAAAAUACUUUAAUAAUAGUGCUCACUCCAUGCAUUAAAGUGACACAAUAGGCACCAAAACAACUUGAGUUUAAUAAAGCAGUUUUGGUGUAUAGAUCAUGUCCAUGCAGUCUCACUGCUCAAUUCUCUGUUAUUUAGGAGUUAAAUCACUGUGCUUAUACAGCCCUAGUCACACCUCCCUGGGUGUGAUUUACACAACCUUCCUAAACACUUCCUAUAAAGAGACAUCUAAUGUUUAAACUUCCUUUAUUGCACAGUCUGUGUAAUUCAGAAUUUUGUAUCUCUUGCUCUUUUAAUAGCCUACCAGAGCCUAUAAGAGCCUCCGCGUGUGUGCGAGUGUGAUUGAAGUUCUGUAUAAACAGAAACAAAAGUGAGUUAACACCUAAAUGGCUGGGAACUAAACAGUCAAACUGCAGGGACAUGAUAGAUCCACAUCAAGCUAAAGCUGUUUUGCUGUUUAGAAUUUCCUUUUAAAAGACAUUGAAAACUGAGCUAGACUAAGGCAUUAAGAUUUCUUUAAAACCAGACGAUUCCAGUGUAUUAAGAGCUCAAUGAAAGUCCAUGGAACUCUGAAUAUAGCUAUACAUAGACAUUUUAGAAUUCCUAUAUAUAUACACAUAUAAAAAUUUUACCAAAUUUCUCAGUUCAAAGAAGACACUUAGGGUUAUUUAUUAUGGAAUGAAUUGACAGAAAUUCACCGAAGUAAAAAAUCAAACGUUAGGACCAAGUAGCAGUAUGAAAAGAUUAUUCAUGUCACUUAUGAUUCAGUUCAACUAAUAAUUUUGUGAAUAAUCCAAGAGUGUAUCAGCCCACGGUAUUUCUGUUGCAGAAUUAUCACGUACUAGGAUUUUUUCAUGAGUGUCUUCUUUUAGAGAUAAAAUAAGGUAACCCUCCAAGGAAGAUAGAGAGCAGUCUUAGCAUUCUUGUGUUAUUACUCAAAUGACAUGGGCGUUCUUAUUAAUUAGUAUUCUCAUAUUACUAACAAGGGAUACUCAAGAGCUCUUUUUUGUGAAUUGAUGUAAAAUGGGAUUACAUUCCUCUGGAAGCGUGAGUGUAGGGUUACUUAAAAUGACAAGUCAGUAGGACUGACCCGAUAUAUAAUGCCUUUACUGUCAGGUAGUAUCCUUACUGCAUCUACCACACAUAUCUUCUAAUAGUCUACCAGUGUGGUAGUCUUACAAAUUUUUCUCAUCUGCAAGUCUUUAUUGUUUUCCAUUUUUCCACUUUUUCUAAUUCGACACAUUCUACCAUUCCUCUCCUUUGCUCGGCUUUGACCCCAAGGGAAUGUUUAUAAUCCCCUAGACAAUAGGAUGCUGUCCGUAUGGGUCAGCUGAUUUUGGGUAUAUAAGUAGAGGUCUUUGUUGUUACUAUUCAGGAGCAAUAGGGGGGGAACAUCAUGUCGGUGGAACUUCUCCAUGGAAGUCCUGAACCUCCGUCGGAUGAUAUCUAUGACAACUGGUACAUUGAUGAUCCACAAGAACCUGAAGUUCCACCUGAUGAGUAAGUAGGCUCCUUUUUACAUCUUUUUGAGAAUUCUUCUAUUUAUAUUUUAUAUCAAAUAUCUAUAUGAUCAACUGUCCCUUUUUUCUUCUAGAAUUAUUCCAGAUUGUGAUCUCACUUUGCCAGAUGGAAUGUAUCAUCUCAUCCUGGCUCCUGUAUCUGUGAGUCCAUGUCCCAUACAAAGCCAUGCAAUGUUCCCCCAUUUCUUUCACUCCAUGUAACCUGUUAUUUAUAGCCUCCUUAUUGUGCAAUGAGACUACUUAUUAUGUUAUCCUAUUUGUACAUGUCAUUUUUCUAUAAAAUUUUAAUGUUUACAUUUUCUAUUUAGCCUUAAGCGUAUAUGUAAAAGAAAUGUACAGUCAUCACGCAACACUUGUAGGUUGUUCAAACAGAAACUUGUAUUUAUUUUUGUCAUGUUCUCUGUUUGUACCUGCUUACCUUUGAGAAUCUAAAAUGAAUAGUCCUCUCUAUUCCUCAGUUUAACAAGUAUUUCAUAUGCACUUUAAAGGGCAUGUAGUGAACAGCCACAUAAAAAUACAUUUGUGCAUGAAAAAAAGUUGUAUUAGUGAAUUUUCCUUAUUUCCUACUAAUCUAUAUUGUGAAAUCUUUGGCAUAAAUAAUAGAAUAAAAAUUAUAGUAAACAAUUUGUUUUCAUAAGAACCAUUUGUUCAAUUGAGAGUUUGGUUCUUUCGAAUAUCAUCCAUGGAAAAUAUUAAGGAAAUGAUUUGGAGGCACAAAAAAGGGAGAGAAAAUGGACUGAUCAAUGUACUGCAAAAUAUAUAGAUAAUAUAAAUAAAUUACCACUAUUUGUUUCACAGAUCAAGUAAGAGAAAAAGUUACCGAUAGAGAGAAAAAGAGAAGGACCAGUAAAAUAACACAUUUAAAAAUAUAUAUAUAUAUAUAUAAAAUAUAGAUUUUUUUUUCUUGCAUCUCCUUUUGCCCCCUCCAAUGGUCACUUCUCACUUGAUAUGUAAAUAAAAUCAACAUUUAGUGGCUGUCUCCAAGCUGUCAAUCACCUUUUUUUCCAAUUAAUCAUCUCUUUUUUUGGCGACAUGGGCGGGAACCUGAAUACUAUGUCAAACAACAUACAAACAUGUUCAGCCAUCAUACUAGUCUCAAUUGUACAUCUGUAUGGUGCGUCAAAGAUACAGAAUUUGGCCGAAACAACUUAUCAGCUCUAAAUUCGGACGAAUUACAACUAGGCCGAAACCGAAUGUUCAAGUCUAAUAGAUAGUAAAAAGCUUACUACCACAUAUGGUGAAAGAUUUACUACCACAUAUGGUGAAAGACUUACUGCCACAUACAGUAUAAGCAUUACUACCGCAUAUAUUGAAUGCCUUACUACUAUAUGAAGUUAAACCACUACUAACUGAAAUUUGGUAAAAGAGGCAGGGACCUUUUCAGGGUUUAUCUAUUAUUUUUUUAAGUGGAGCUUCUAACUUUUAUUGGCCCAUAUCCAUCUCCUUUUUAAUACAUUUACUUACACCCUUAUUGCCAUGAUCUCUAUUGCUCCAAAUAGAAAUAUUCAAUAUGUUAUUACUACUGUUCCAUAACAACUCUAUAGCAUUCUUCUGUUCUCUUUAUUUUGGUAGCUCUGCGCUAUUCUGUUGCUCUCGUUUUUGGUUCAACGCAAAAGACUCUGCAAAUCCUGUUGUUGGGGGCUACCAGGUCUUCUAAGGUACAUCCCACCACCCCUACACCCAAUCUGACUUCCAAACAUUUUCACAAUGCACUUGGCUUUCUCCAUCACCCAUUGUGAAAGUCUGAGUUAGUGAUAACAUUCCUAGUCUAAAUUGUCCUGCUCUGUGUCCCAUCUACAGCCCCUUGAACCUCCUGGAGGAUUCUGGGAACAGGUGGAUUCCAUGUGCCGUUUUUGGUUUGCUCUUUUCAUCCCUGUGCCGCUUGUUGUUGGACAGCACAACCCUUGACUUCUUGCCAGAGAUUUGUAAUGCACACCAAGGUAAGCCUAGAAUUUCAUUAGAAGCUGCACGGGAUCCCUUGGAGUGCAAGUGUGAAACCCUUUCAUUUCAGAAUUUCUUUGUAUAACUAACAGGAUCAGUGUAGCUGGGUCAUAUUCUGCUUUGAUUUAGUUUAAACCUGUUCUCGUGACCCAACAACAGGCCAAAUAAAAGGAUAUAUCUACAAUGCACCAUGUUUAAGUUAUAGUAAAUGGAGCACUGAUUAGCUCACCUGAUGUAAAGUAGGGAGUUAAUGAAAGCCUGUCCUGUUGUGGGAUGGAGAACAAAUCAGGAGUACAGUGCUCUGUGAGACCUGGAAUUGGAUACAAUCAAACUUACUGUCAUAUCUAAAGGUCAAGUUAAGAGAGAACUCUGAGAGCUACAUGGAACCAUUACAUACACAGUCACAUCUGUAUUUGUUCCUUUUCCAGUUUAUAUGGCUCUGUUAGACUCUCACCCAGUCUCUGUUCCUUCAAAAGAUAAUAAAAAAACACACUUUUGUUAGGAAAACAUAUCUUUCCCUCCUCGCACCUUGGGAGCCCACCCUGCUUCCUCUCCUGUAACUGUCUUUCAAAGAACUAACCCUUCACUGUAAACUAUUCCACUAACCUACAUUUCCCGUACAUGACAUACAUCCUUACCUCUGUGCCACUUUACGCCAUUCCCCCAAGAAUGUAGCUGGUUUGAACAGGGCCUUCAGCACCCUCUGUUUCUGUGUGCCCAUGUACCUAUUGUAAAAAGCUACUGAAUUUGUUGGCGCUUUAUAAAUAAUAAUAAUAUCAUAGAUACAGAACUUACUAUCAGCCUUUUCUCACCACAGUGGUAAUAGUUCCCACCUCUUUCAGUACUAUAUGUUGGAUUAUGGCCUUAAAUUAAUCUUUAGUUAGCACCAGCUCUAGUGACUUUGCUCUUUUUCCCCACUUACAGCUCUGUGGAAAAUCCUGGCCCUUUUCUAUUACCCUGCCCUGUAUUAUCCCCUGUUGGCAUGUAACAGUUUGGAACGGGUAGUUGGGUAUCUAGUGGGGACCAUCCUAUCGUGGCUACACUGUGGGGCCCUGAUCUGGCAGAAAAUAGAUUGUCCACAGACACCAAAGGUAAGAACUACAGACACAAGGCAUGGAUGGGAUUUUGACCUACACGAAUGUUGUGAAAAAAUUAUGUUAGAUACAUUGAAGAAGGACUUUGGGGUGACUUAACACAGCUCUUCCAGCGUUUCAUUGACAUCCAAUGUUAGACGGAGUCACACUCAUAAUAUAGAUGUAACGGCACCCUCAGCAUAAAAGGGUUAAACCGCUGUUUAGUAGAUCUUCCCUUCCAGAGACACAGGCACAGCUACUGCAGAACACCAAUCCGCCGAACAGGAAACCAUAUGAAUGCCAUAAACAGCCGAACCAGAACCAUACGAAUGCUGUAAACAGCUGAAUAGGAAAAACCAUACAAAUAGGUUUACACUCCUAGCAGUCAAACUGGAACAGCAUACAAUAAUAACAGCAUGGCUUUUCUGCCCAAAACCAGUUCCACAGAGUCUUCUAUCCUGGAGAUAAUUGGGAAGUAAUCCAAUUAUCUCCAAGGACAGAGGCAAAACUCCAUUGAACACAUGGCAGCAAAAGACAAUAAAAAACAUAAAAACAUAUAACUGUGCAGCCAUUGCACAAAACAGGUACAUUCAACAUAUCCCAUUCCCCAGAUAGCUCAGAUCUGAGCGCACAUUAUUACUGAAUGGUGCUCAGAGCACACACACAUACAGUUCAAUUGCCAUGGAGCCAAAGUCUUUCCCAUAGUCUUUCAUUAUACGAAUGGGCUCCAUGGCAUAGCUAUCUGGGGUAUCACUGCUCAAACAGGGCCAGCACUGAAUGACCCGGCUUUCGUGUCUCCGCAGGGGAAAAUCAAGCGUUUCAACAUGGGGCCAUAGUCUAAAGGCAGCAGGCGGGCAACCAGGCUCCUCCAAUGCACAGUGGCAAGAUUGGUCUCGUCACAAUAGAUAUAUCAUUUUUUGUAUUUUUAGUGUGGCUUAAGGUGGUGGGAAGAGUGCUGGGACUUUUCAAACUGCUCUCUAAUGGUUUUUAGAAUGGUUUGUACAGAAAUGGGUGAAGAUGCCCAUUAUAGGCUGUAGUCAGUGUGUGGUGCUUAGAGCACUUCUUUAAACGAGUUACAAUGAGAAAAAGCGACCAGAAAAACAUUAGAAAAAAAUCAAAAGAAAAAGUUAUUCAAAGUUAUUAAAAACAUGAGAAAGUAAAUUAUGAUGAACCACUGUAAAGGGAACGCAGUUAUAUCUGUCAAAGAGAUUCCUUUUGAGUCAUCCAGUCGAUUACGUGACUUACUAACACCUUGCUCACUCUCUGCUUUGCCCCAGUUCUACAGAUACUACUCCCUGCUCGCCACCUUGCCGCAGAUUGGCUGUCUGCUCGUGCUCAGUGCUGUGUAUCCUGCUUUACUCCUGUACAAAUUGAGAAAACCACGCCGCAGUGAUCAGGUACUGAAAGACUGGCAUUGUCCACCUUGUGCGCUUCCCCUAUUAUUUUUACAGUAAUAUCCGGAACGUCUGUCUGCUCAGUAUAAAAGGGGUGUUUUCACAAGUUGCAAAGGCUGUCCUGGCUUUGUUUUACCAAGCUCCGGGAAUUAAUGGCAGAAGGGAUUAGUGGCGCAUGUUAGGGCAGCUAAAUACCAGCAUUGUACACAGCAGUUAGUUAAUUAUUUAACUCUAUAUGUUACUUUCAUUCUACCAUUAUAUCGAUGAUCAUGUGUAUAAGGCAUUACCCACAGUAUUCCCAGUGCUGCGCGGUUUAUAGAUAUGCAGGAUGAAGACAUCGAUACAAUGUAUACAGCUCUGAUAGUGAGAGGAAUGCUGGCUCUGCACACAGUGUACUCAGCUUGGCAUGUAAUAGGUUUGGCAGUGUGUGUUGGCAAUACUGAAUGCCCACUGUCUGCCCAGCUCAUUGUAUGAUGGUUUAGCAGCGAGUGUGUUGGGAAUGAUAAUUUAUUUUAAAGAGUGCUAUGGAAUAUGGGAUGCAUUAUAUAUAUACAUUCCCAUAUAUAAGCAAUAAUGAUGGCAGUGCCCUUAGUAUGCUUGGUGCUCAGAUAGAAGCUUUAGCAGCAUGUUACCCGGUCUGAAAUUGUCCAUGAAUAAAAUAACAUUGAGCUGUGUGUAGUGGAAUGGAAAUGUUGUAUAGCGGUGGUUCCCAAACUUUUUAGGUUCACGGGGCCCUUAAUAUUUCAAUAUUUUUCCAAGGCACCCCAAGUCAAAAUUUCUAGGUUGUAUAUCUGUAUAGCGCUGCAGCAUUUAUUGGCGCUAUAGUGUAAUGUACAGUGUUGGUGUUUGAAGGGGUGCUUGUAUAUAGUUUUAGUGUUUUAAUACAGGGGUGUGUUUGUAUGUGAUGUUUGCGUUUGAUUGCAGGGUUAUGUCUGAACGUAAUGUUCACUUUUAAAUGUGGAUGUACAUUUAUGGCUGCUUGGAUGUAUGUACGUACACUACCACAUACAUACAUACAUACAUACAAACUUACACAGAUAUUAAUGCACAUUAACACACAGAUACAUAUAAAUACACAACACAUACAGACAAAUUCAUAUAUACACAUACACACAUAGAUUCACACCGACAUAUACACACAUGCACCUUGAUAUACACAAACAUUGAUACAUGCACACACCAUGACACAGAUACACACACUGACACACCCUGACACACAGAUGCACAUACACAGAUGUGCACACACACACAGACACACACACUGACACAGAAGCACAGUGACAUAUAUAUAUAUAUAUAUAUAUAUAUAUAUACACACACACAGAUGCACACUCUGGCACACAUACACUCACAAACAUUCUAACACACACUCAUGUAUACACAUACACACACUCAUACACCCACCCACACACACACACACACACACACUCACACACACACACACAUGUAUACACAUACACCUACUCACACACACACACAUACACACAAGUGAUAUUUUUUUUUUAUAUCUACAGCCACACUCCUGUUAUCUUACCUUCUGUGUCCAGAAGGGUGGCUUGGAGUCCUGCUGCUGGUGGGAGUGAGGGGCCUGGAGCUCUUCGUGCUCUCCCCUCUCUGGAGCUCUCCCUUCAUACUGCGGCUGCCCCCAUUACCUCCGCGCUGUCUCCCUGCAUGAUGCUGGGAGGAAGUGACAAGCUGCCACUUCCAGCCCGCCAACAUUACAGGGGCCCGGUCGCAAUCUUAAAGGCACCCGACCGGGCCCCUGUUCAGCAGUAAUUCCUCAGCACAUAGUUUGGGAACCGCUGUUGUAUAGGUUUCAGGAAGGUUUAUUGAUAUCUAUUGGUAAAUUGGUACUGUCUAUAGUAUACCAUGUUUUGUGUAGGCUAACAUUUUCUAUUUUAUACCAUGUUCUGUGCAUAGCAAUAAGGUAUAUCUCUGUGUUUUAAAAAACCAAUAUGGUCUAUUCCUGGCAGGGAUAGGCAACAUUCGGCACUCCAGAUGUUGUGGAUUACAUCUCCGAGAAUGCUCUUACAGCCAUAAUGCUGGCAAAGCAUCAUGAAAAAUGUAUUCCACAACAUCUGGAGUGUCAAAGGUUGCCCACCACUCUGUUGUGUACCCUAUUCUCUGUAUAGCAGGAAGAUAUAUCUGUUUAUGAGUAAGGCUGAUAUGUAGCUUAAAGGACCACUAUAGUGCCAGGAAAACAUACUCGUUUUCCUGGCACUGUAGUGCCCUGAGGGUGCCCCCUCCUCCAUACCGACGUCAUCGGCUGAAUGCGCAUGCGCGGCAUGAGCCACAAGCGCAUUCAGCCAGUUCAUAGGAAAGCAUUUACAAUGCUUUCCUAUGGACGCUGGCGUCUUCUCACUGUGAUUUUCACAGUGAGAAGCACGCAAGCGCCUCUAGCGGCUGUCAAGAGACAGCCACCGGAGGCUGGAUUAACCAUAUUAUAAACAUAGCCGUUUCUCUGAAACGGCUAUGUUUAUAAAAAAAAGGGUUAAACCUAGCUGGACCUGGCACCCAGACCACUUCAUUAAGCUGAAGUGGUCUGGGUGCCUAUAGUGGUCCUUUAACCCACUGUGUGUAGCUGGACGAUCGAUCCACGUGUGAUGCUUGAUAGAUACUGACUGUAGUGUGUUCUGUAGCUGGAUGGUUUCUAUGUAUGAUAAACUAGUGUUGGGAUGAUGUAACUGCCUAUAGCAUACCCUGCUGUGUGUCUGCUAGGAUGGUGCAUCCUUAAGUGCGUUAAAAAUACUGAUUCUGUCUUUAGUGUGCCCUGCUAUGUGUAAGGACAAACAUCAGACUUCUUUGAGCUUGAAAUAGUUAUACUAUCCAUAGUGUACACGGCACUACACUGUGUAAUGUGAAUAGUCUUUCAGACUGUGUGUGCUUAAAGUACCGAUACUGCCUAUAGUGUGCUCUGCUCUGUUUAAAUAGGAUGGCUUAUCAGACUGUGUGUGCUAAAAGUACCGAUACUGCCUAUAGUGUGCUCUGCUCUGUGUAAAUAGAAUGGCUUAUCAGACUGUGUGUGCUUACAGUACCGAUACUGCCUAUAGUGUGCUCUGCUCUGUUUAAAUAGGAUGGCUUAUCAGACUGUGUGUGCUAAAAGUACCGAUACUGCCUAUAGUGUGCUCUGCUCUGUGUAAAUAGAAUGGCUUAUCAGACUGUGUGUGCUUACAGUACCGAUACUGCCUAUAGUGUGCUCUGCUCUGUUUAAAUAGGAUGGCUUAUCAGACUGUGUGUGCUAAAAGUACCGAUACUGCCUAUAGUGUGCUCUGCUCUGUGUAAAUAGGAUGGCUUAUCAGAUUGUGUGUGCUUAGAGUACCGAUACUGCCUAUAGUGUGCUCUGCUCUGUUUAAAUAGAAUGGCUUAUCAGACUGUGUGUGCUUAAAGUACCAAUACUACCUAUAGUGUGCUCUGCUCUGUUUAAAUAAGAUGGCUUAUCAGACUGUGUGUGCUUGAAGUGCUAACACUAUAUAUAGUGUACCCUGCACUAUGUAAAGGGAAUGACCUAUUAGAAGGCAGUUGCUUGACGUGCCUGUAAAGUACCCUGCGCUGUGUUAAAGGCACAGUUUAGGCACCAUAACAACUUAACUUAAAUUAAGUUGUUAUGGUGCCUGGAGUGUUGCUUUAGGGCAAUGGUUUAUUGGACUGUCUGUGCUUGUCAUCUCUGCUCUGUACAUAGGAUGGUGGUUUAUCAGACUGUACUAGAAACCUUGAUAUUGACAAUAAUGUAUCCUGCUUUGUGUACAGCAGGGCAUUAAAGAAUUAAUCUAUGAUUGCUACUUCCUGCAGCUACCUAUAGUGAGCGUAUCACAGUGUGUAUCAUGCUGUCCGCUUCUACCCAGCUCUGUUACUGCAUUGUAAAAUAUACAGCGUUGCUGUUGCACCUGCUCCUAGCAUAACUAAAGCCAUAUAUAUAAUGUGACCUGUUGUUGAGGUCCAGUCGCACAGCUUUUGCCUGUGGAUAUGUUGGCAUAAUGGCAUGCGGCACGUGAGUCUUUGCUGGCAGUAGUCCACUCCACUUCAGAUGUUACCUAACUCCUGUCCUCGUAUGGGGGGAAAAUUCCAUGGAAGGUGGGUGUUAGAGUGAUCCGCUGAAAAGAUCCAUUGUCCCAAAAAUCUUUCCCAUGUGACUAAUCAGCCUGGUUUCCCUGACGACUUGUCCUUAUCCAACGAGGACUUUAUCUGAUUAAUUAUCAGGUGAUGGGAAUAUUAUUGAAUUGAGUAUGUACUCACACAUAUGUAUAUGCAUAAUGGUUUAUAUAACUGCAAGACUAUGUGCUUCUGAUCGGAUCUGGAAAAAUAACGAGACGCUUAAUGUUCCAGAAAAAUUAACCCCUUAAUCCAGAGUUACUCAUGCAAAGCUAUGUAGACGUUUUUUAGCCAUUCUUUGAAUUCCCUGCCCUUGCAGUCAGUAAACUAGACAGACAUACUUCAUCAUAAAAUCCAGCUGGUGUCUGGAUCGAAUCCCACUUAGAUUAAAGUAGAUAUGUUUAUCAGAGGCUAUCGUCAUACGGACUUAUUCAUUGUACUGGGGAAUUACACAAUUAAUUUUAUUGGAAUUAGAACACAAAAAAAAAUUUAAAAAAUUGCAGAGCUUAUAAAAAAGAUUGGCAGCAAACCAAGAUGCUGGCGCUCAGUACCAGAUUAGAACUAAAUACUACAAUAUGAACUUCUACAUUUAAAUGUAUUUUUCAGACCUCACAUACAUAGAUUUGUUAAAUAUAGAGAAUAACUAAAAAAUAAAAUAAUACAAAUUCUGAAAAGGGAUAGUUUCCCUUUUAGGUGCUGAAGUAUUAUUUAGUUUGUAGUAUUUGAUGAACCAUCCAUAAUAUAUAAUAUAAUAAAAGCUGCCUAUCAUUAAUUCAUCAUUAACCCACCCACACUCUCAAAUAAUAUCCUCAUCUUCUGCGAAAGGCCCUUAAACAAUACAGAAUAAAUAAAAGUCUUGCUAUACUACAAUAUAUAUAUAUAUAUUCUUGCUCCAUUCUAUGAGUGCUAUUGUUAAAGGACCACUAUAGUGCCCUGAGGGUGCCCCCACACUCAGGGUCCCCCUCCCGCCGGGCUGGAUGGAGAGGAAGGGGUUAAACUCACCUCUUUCUCCACUGCUGGGCGGGGAGCUCUCCUCCUCUUCUCCUCCUCUUCGGCUGAAUGCGCAUGCGCGGCAGGAGCUGCGCGCGCAUUCGGCCAGUCUCAUAGGAAAGCAUUCUCAAUGAAAAUCACAGUGAGAAGCACGCAAGUGCCUCUAGCGGCUGUCAAGAGACAGCCACUGGAGGUUAGAUUAACCCUAACAUAAACAUAGCAAUGCUAUGUUUAUUUAAAAAAAGGGUUAACCCUUGCUGGACCUGGCACCCAGACCACUUCAUUAAGCUGAAGUGGUCUGGGUGCCUAUAAUGGUCCUUUAAGGUUUUCGCAGAUUAAAUCUAAAUUACAAACUUUAAGAAAAAAUAACUGCUCUGGAAAAAUGUGCUAACUCAACUUGGCUAUUUUAGCCUCAAUUUUAUCCAAUUUAGGCCUCAGUUCAACAUUUUUUAAUAAGCUUUUCAAUAUUUUCCAAAAUUAUUUAAUAUUUAGAUUUUUUUUAAUAUAUAUUUAUUUCUUUAUAUUUUAUAUAUUUUUGAUAUGUCAGUAUUAUGAAGAAAUAAUUUUAAAAGGCUUUUCAAUAAUAUUAAAUUUAUUUAAAAAGCUUAUCUAACAAUAUUAAACCAAGGCCUUAAUUUCCUAAAGUUUGGAGUUAAGUAAAUAAAUCUGUCAACGCAUUGGAUUAACUUUUUGUUCUUUGUAUUUAACCUUUUGUAGUGUCUUCCUGAACUGGGUGCGUGCCUCAGAUACAACACAGACAGACAAUACAGAUUCUUUCCAUUUUCCCACAUGUUUACACAGUUCUGGAGCUGAAUACUAACAUUUAGGAUAUGUCAGGCUAUCUAAGUGCUAUACUUUUUUGAUAUCGGAAAAAACAACAGAUCAAACAAAAAGCAGCAUUACAAAAAACACUGUUUUUACCACAAUACAACUAGACUUGCUUACAAACAUAAUUUUCUGUUUGGACAUUUCAGACAUGAAUUGGAAAACUAUAAUCAGGAAGGAAACGUAAAAAUUUUAAAUAAUCUACCAAAAAGAUGAUAUUUUAAGGGGAAUCCUGGAUUAUAUAGAUAUAUAUACAAAACACUGUUUUAGGAAUCCUAUGACAUUUUGUAGUCCAGAAAAAAAAGAGGCAAUUCUGCCAACAAAGCCUUUAGUUCUCAAUCAUCUCUUUAUAUAUUGAGGAAAUUGGUUUACCGAAUUUACUGUGCUGACAUAGGUACAGUAAGUAUGGUACGCUUGUGUGACUUCCCUUCAUUAUGUAUUAAAAGAGUAAAUGGAGGAAAGUAGCCCCUCAGAGCCCACCAUAGGUACAGAGUGUAAUAGGUAACCCUUAACAGGCUCCACGGGUAAAAAGCGUAAUAGGUAACCCCUCACUCACAGUACCCCGCAGGAAAAGAGUGUAAUAGGUAACCCCUCACACAGUACCCCACAUGUAAAGAGAGUAAUAGGUAACCCCUCACAGUACCCCGCAGGAAAAGAGUGUAAUAGGUAACCCCUCACAGGUAAAGAGCUUAAUAGGUAACCCCUCACAGCCCCCCACAUGUAAAGAGUGUAAUAGGUAACCCCUCACACAGUACUCCACAUGUAAAGAGAGUAAUAGGUAACCCCUCACAGUACCCCACAUGUAAAGAGUGUAAUAGGUAACCCCUCACACAGUACUCCACAUGUAAAGAGAGUAAUAGGUAACCCCUCACAGUACCCCACAUGUAAAGAGAGUAAUAGGUAACCCCUCACAGUACCCCACAUGUAAAGAGCAUAAUAUGUAACCCCUCACAGUCCUCCACAUGUAAAGAGAGUAAUAGGUUACCCCUCACAGUACCCCACAGAUAAAGAGCAUAAUAAGUAACCCCUUACAGAACCCCACAGGUAAAGAUCGUAAUAGGUAACCCCUCACAGUACCCCAAAGGUAAAGCGAGUAAUAGAUAAAAUAGAUAACGCCUCCCAUUUCCCCACCGGUAAAGAGCGUACACUCAUAGUGCCCACAGGUAUAAAGCAUAAUCCCUUAAAGCAUGGGUGUCCAACCUUCAGGCUUUCAUGGGCCACAUUGGGUGCAGAGGAAUUGUCUUGAGCCACACAUACAAUCUUUAAUAUAAUUCAUUUAUAUAAUAAAACUAAAACAGAAAUUUUCUUAACUGUAUUUAGUAGUUAACUCCCUUAUUUGUUAUCCUUAUAUUUUAUUGCCAUAUUUAAGGAAACCAUAUUAGGGAGCUAUCUACUAAGCACAAACACAUGUAUAUACAUUUGCACACAUAACCACAGAUAUACACAUACACACAAUCACAGACCUAUACAUACACUUACACACAUCAUCACAGACACACACACAUACAAUCACAGACCUAUACGCACAAUCACAAAUAUAUACACACACAAUCACAGACCCAUACACACACACACACACAAUCACAGACCUAUACACAUGUACACACACAGACAUACACAAUCACAAACCCACACACACAUACAAUCAUAGAUCUAUACACACAAUCACAUACAUACACACACACACACACACAAUCACAGACCUAUACACACAAUCACAUACCUAUACACAGUCACAAACAUACACACACAUAAUCACAGAUGUACACACACAAUCACAGAUACACACACAUACAAUCACAGACACACAUAUACACACAAUCACAGAUAUAAACACACACAAUCACAUAUCCACACACACAUACAAUCACAGACCUAUACACACAGUCACAUACAUAAAUACAAUCAUAGACAUAUACACACAUAUCACAGACCCACAACACACACACAUACAAUCAAAGACCUAUACACACAUAAUCACAUACACACACAUGCAAUCACAGACUUAUAUGCACAUACAAUAACAGACAUAUACAAUCACAGACAUAUACACACACACACACACACACAUAAUCACAGAUGUAGACACACACGCACACAUUCUUUCCGAUCACUAUCUAUUUUUUUAACUGAUAGAAUUAAAUUGAGGCCUAUAUUUGCAACAACUUUAGAGUUCCCACACCUCUUGAGAGAAUAAAAGGAGCAUGGAAAGAUGAGGAGUGCUUACAGCUCAGGAAUUUAUACAGAAACUGGACAUAUUUUUCAAAUGCAGUGAAUUAAAUUAGGAAAUGCUCCACUUCCGGUUUCCUAUACAGCUUUUAUACAGUGUUCUGUAAAUACUCCCAUGGUUGUCCCUUCACAUGAGGCAGACAUCAUUCUGACAGACCGGUCCAUUAACAGGCAGAUCCAACCUCCAGUGAGCUAGGAGUGAUUAGAUUAGAAUUUCAUUAGGGGCAGACUGAGCACUCGCACAAAUUGGUCAAGGACCCGAGCAAUGAAAAAAAAAAUGAAUUACCAUACCUACAACAUAUAGAAUACCACUCUCUGUCCAUAUGCACAGCUCAUGUAACCCCCAUAUUCACACAUCCUGACACUGUACACGAACACAGUAUAUGGUUAAAUGCAAACACUCAUUCUACACACAGGCACACAAUACAAUACACAUGCACAAAUACAAACAUUCACUCUUUAUACACAUGCAAUCAAACGUGUAAUAAAGACAAAAAAAAUGAUAUGUGAAAUUUACUUAAAUUGAAACUCCAGGUAUCAUUAUAACUUAUUGCCUUUAUGUAGGUUAUGGUAAAAAUAGCUUCAUAGUAUCUAAUUCCCUUCCAACUACAAUUUCCCCCGACUCUAUAAGUAUUUAUACUGAACGUUCAAGCACAGCAUGCGCGCAAUGAGUUCCUGUUAUCUCUAACAGGAUCUAUCAUAGGUUUCUGAGAUAACCAGUAGUGUGAUAUUUAUACUAUGCUUCAUGGGGCUUAUGGGCCUUCAGAGAGCACUGGUCCUAUUUUAGCCGGGCUCCCAAAUUGCUGUCAGUCUGUCAUUGUACUGUUCCAUGAAUGCUGAAGGUGUGCAAUCAUUUACAAAUUAUAUGUGCAUGGAGCACAUUUAGAAACGUUAACAACAAAGCUGAAUAUGGAGUCAGAAGGCUAACAGGAUGAUGUGAGUUACUUAUAGGCUGGAAAGGGGUGCAAAACUAAGGAGAGAGUGAGAAUUUGGGUGCAUAUGUGUUGUUUGCUUGUUGUAUAAAGAGGAGUCGUCCCUUCCUGAGAUAUGUAUGUUUUAUUAUUAUUAUUAUUAUUUUAUUAUUUAUAUAGCGCCAUCAGAUUCCGUAAUGCUGUACAAAGGGUGGACUAACAGACAUUUAAUUGUAACCAGACAACUCGACGUACAGGAACAGAGAGGUGGAGGGCCCUGCUCAAUGUUUGUUAUAUUAUCUUAACUUAUCCCUAUAUUCAACAAAUUUCUGUUUGUCACUUCUGAAUAUGAAAUGGAAUGUAGAAAUCCACGGUGCUCUAUUUACCUCUAUUCUGGAACUGGGCGCCUCCAUCUUAGUUCCCUGUCAGUUAUUAUCAUAAGCUCUGCCAUUUGCACCUGGCAGUCAGCGUUCAGAGAGCAUGAAAAGAGGAGAAAUAAAAACAAUGUAUCUCUUUCUCACCCCUCGAUGCAGCGUGUGCCUUGGCUGUGCCAGACUGAAAUAGAAUAUGAUGCGGUGUGGUAAAUUUUAACACACAUUUAGAAAAAAAGUCAACACAAUGUGGCAAUUUUCAAUAUUUUAUUCAGCUGGUUCCCCUUUAACGUAUGGGACAACUGGAUAGAAUUAAAAAAAAAAAACUAAAUUAGUUUGAGAUUUAAUAUUCUGCCAUUUCAACAAGUUGCAUUAAUUGAUUUUAUUGCAAUUCCCAUUGCUCAGCCAUUGACAGAGAUGAGUCGUAUUGUACUAAUAGCAAGAAAGAUACCCAGGGUGAGGAGGACUAGUUGAACGCUUUCCUUUCUCUGGCCGUGUUCCAUACCAUCAGUCAAUGGCUGCUUCAAGAAAAUGUCAAUUGAACACUGAUUGCAGAUACCGCUUGAUUGGCCUUACUUAAUGAUCACUGCAAAGGAAAAGUCUAACGCUCAAUUGAUUUUGAAACUUGCCUCAAUCACAGCGUGCAUGCCAUAGAUUGCACCAGAUAAUCAUUUUCUACAGAGAAUUAGCUUUUCUUCUGUGUUAGGGAAUAUAACCUACCAAUGUAUGUUUGUUCAUUUAAUUUAUCGGUAUCGGAUGUUAUAAAACCAUAGGGGACUUUAAGAGACAUAUUAGCUAGAUUUGACACAGUCCACUUUCAAUGCAUUAAAUAUUAAAAUAUUAUUUAAUGUUUCAAAUAAUUGUCUGAAGAUUUUUAAAAAAAAUACACAUUAGGGUUUAUUUAGCAAGUUACAAAUUGAUAUGGAUCGCAAUCUGAAUACAAAAUUGUAGGCAGAGAUAGAUGAUCUGGAAAAAUCCUCAGCGUGGUUACUUAGUUCUGUGAAUAACCCCCACCCCUCCAUUGUACAGCACUACAGAAUUUGCUGGCACUAUAUAAAUAAUAAAAUAAUAUUAAUAAUAAUAAUAAUAAUAAUAAUAAUAAUAAUACCCAUGGUUGUAAAUAUCCAAUGCUCUUGUCCAUUUCUUACCACCAGGGGGUGCUACGUGAUAUCUAUAUAUAUAUGCAUCUAACGCUAUACCUAGAAUAUUGUAACUGGCAGACAGUGAUAAUAAUGUAUUAUUUACAGUAUUGUUUUAGAAAACAUGUAUGUGGUUUUUUACUUUAAUUUUUUUAAGUCGUGUGAUGGAACUAAUAUGAGUAUUAAUAGGAUGGAAUUAAUAUGACAAAAUACAGGUUCGUUGGCACAGGCUCAUAGAUAGAUUGAUGUACUUUGAAAAUGCUGUUGCCAUCAGCUUUCAGUGGUUAAUUGGGAUGUGAUGAUAUAGAACACUGACAACCACUAUCUGAAAGAAAGUUGGCAAAAUUGCAACAUUGCAGUAUUGGUACCAGGGUACCACUGACCUUUGUCUCUGGGGUUCACUAGAUGUACUUAUUACACUAAGUGUCUAUGCCCCAUGGUCCAAACAUACUGGUCCAUUUAGAAAAUAGAUCAUGCUUACAAUUUUUUAAAUGUACAGUAUAUGUGUGGAGAGCUGGUGGACAAGUUAGUUAGAUAGUCUGCUUGAGUCAUGAAAUCUGAGUUUUUAUUACAAAAAACAAGGGGAAAAAAUAUUGAUAAAAAUAUGACCAAAUGGAUCUAACCUGGGACUCACUAUCACUCCCAAUUUAUCCUUUUCCAUAAUCCAUUGAGUGAGAGUGAAAGGUAAUGGUGUUCUGCAUGCUUCACUUAGAUGUGUUACAGAGGACACUCCCUUGUACAGAUAUAGGGAUUAGAGUUGAGCGAACCCAAACUGGAAAGUUCGGGUUCUUACCGAACAUUACGGUUUUUGGACCCCGGACCCAAACACGGACAUUUCACUCUAUGUUCGGGUUGGAGUUGGGUGUUUGGCGAUUUAAUGGCGCAUUAUGAAAGGCUGCAGGGCAGCCAAUCAACAAGCGUUUGACUCGUGUGCCCUUAGAAGCCAUGACAGCCAUGCCUACUAAUGGCAUGGCUGUGAUUGGCCAGUGCAGCAUGUGACGCAGCCUCUAUAUAUAAGCUGGAGUCACGUAGCGCCGCAUGUCACAUGAGCUCUUAUUAGUGUAGGGAGAGGAUGCUGCAUCUGUGAGGGACAGAUUAGUAAAUAAUUCUGGUGUUGAAUCUGCAAACUACAGCGAUUAUUUUUGUGGGUGCUAUACUACAUUUUUGUACCCUGCCCUGAGCCCAGUGCCACAGAGAGUGCAGUGCACUUCUGGUAGCUCAGUGGGCAACAUCUAGGCAUUUUUAAAUACUGCAAUUUUUUCGGUGCUAAAUAGUACAUCUGCGUACUGCAUUUCUUGCAGUCUAAUAAAACCCUUAAAUACUACUGUUACAUUGCAGUUUGACUAAUUCACAUUUCUUUGGUGCUAAAUAGUACAUUAGUGUCGUGCACUUCAUUUCUGAGAGUCAAAUAGAACCGUCAAAUACUGUGGUUACAGCACAGUUUUAAAAAUUCCAAUUUUUUUUGGUGCUAAAUAGUACAUUUGGGGUGUGCACUUCAUAUCUGGUGUAUGUGUGCAACACUGGCUGGUUACCGCUUCUCAAGAAAGUCUAAAGACAAAUACAUGUUGCCUAUGGUGCAGGUAUUAUAGAAGGCAAGACUGAGACAAAUCAUUUGGGUUACAGUUGCCUGUUGACAUGUUAAUUAUCUUAGACCAUUAAAAUUCAAUAAUCAAUGAAAAAACACACUAAGUGUCAUACAAAAAUAUGUAUUAUAGACAAGUUAAAAGCAAGUCAUGCUAUAACAAAAUUAAACAAGUUUUAAAAUAUGUAUGGGCCAACCAGUGGCUGUAAAAACUAAGUUUUACUGGUUACAUUCAUGACUACACACUCCAGUGAACAUGACUUUCAUGUAGUGUGUUCUUUUUAAAAAAAAAAUCAUACAGCAUCCUUUCAUGUGCAGAGCGGCAAGGAGGGCAUAAGAGGGCAUAAGAGGGAGCAGGGUGCAAAAGUGGAGCGGCCGUCCCCUAGCGCUCGUCGGCAUGUAUUAGCUCUAGAGUUACCACAGUUAUCCAAGUAACAGAUGGAGCGAUCAAAGGAACCAUAACUGAUAUAAUGAGCCAUUCGCAGUUUCAAAGUCAGGGCAGCAGUCCGGUGACCAGGACCCAGACACUGUCUGGGUGGCGGUCGGACGACCAGGACCCAGUAUGCCUGAUGUUGAAGUUAGGAGUCAUAGUGUGGAAUGGAUUAGCAGGGUCUGGUCAGUGGGGGAUCCGGGGGCAAGCAAUUGUCAACCCCCCCCCCCCGAGAAAACCGAGGGUCCCCCUCUCCCCUGCUGGCUAAUGCAGGGCUGGCACUGUCUUAGUGCCAGCCCUGCAAUGUGCCUUCAAGGACCAGAGGGGAGAGAGGACCCGGGAGCUCAGCCUGCAGCUCCUCCGGGUUCUACUCUCGUGAGCACGGAGUGUUGCCGCGGUUACCACGGCAACGCUCCAACUCUCACAAGAGUGAACUCUAGCCCUGGAGCUGCGGGCUAGAGUUCACUCCUACCACUGGGACCACCAUUGAUUCCCCACCGGACCACAAGGGAUCCAGAAAUGUCCCCCCUCCUCCCUCAGUAAAGGUAAGAAGUGAGGGGGGGACAUAAUGAACAUUUGUUUUAAUUACAUUUAAAUAAUAAAUAAAAUAAAAAAACUUAUAGGGGGGCUUUUAAUAGUUUUAAUAUUUUAAUAUAAAAUGUGUUGUUUUAAAAAAUUUUUUAAUUAAUAUGUAUGUAUAGGGGCAGUGUGUGUGUGUGAGGGGGCAAUGUGUGCGAUAAGAAGGGUAGGGCUUUUUUAUAAUAACACACAUUGCUCCCCCCCACACACACAUACAAUGCCCCCCAUACACACACACUGCCCCCAUUCACACACACUGCCCCCAUACACACUCAUUGUCCCCAUACACACUGCCCCCAAACACACACUGCCCCCAAACACACACUGCCCCCAUACACACACCCUGCCCCCCAUACACACACACUGCCCCAUACACACACACUGCCCCAUACACACAUUGCCCCACACAUACACUGCCCCUCCAUACACACACAUUGCCCCACACUCACACAUACACUGCAAUCCUCACACACACACACUGCAAAUGUCACACACAAAAACUGACCCACACAUACACUGCCCCCUAACACACACACACUGCACCCCUGACAUAUACUGCCGCCCUCACUCACACACUGCAACCUUCACACACUGCAACCUUCACACACACACACACACACACACUGUCCCCCUCACACACACACUGCACCCCUUACACAUUGCACCACUCACACAAACCACUGCCCCAAUGCCCUACUACAGCCCCAUUUCCCAGCAGACCUCAGGUAAGUUGUCAAACUAUUCUUAAACGGUUUGACUACUUACUCUGGGAGGGGGUCCCGGCACUAUUGACACCAUAACCGCUACACUGAGCUGUACUGGUUAUUGUGUCUGGAUUAUUUCUUUAAAUAAUCUACAAGUGCCCCUCCCGAGAUCAGGCUCUGGAUCCACUACUGGGUCUGGUGCAGGGUAAGCGCACGCCCCCUGGUGUUGAGCACCAGAGUUUGUGCGGCCAAAUACCAGGACCCUGAUGCAGCUUCAGUAAAAAGAGUACUGGAUACCAGAAGCCAUCACCAGACUGUUCCGCAACUUGAAACAGGAUGUGACAUUCAUGCUUUCGGCGUUCUCACCCUGCUGUUGCUCGCCUGUCUGCACCGCAGCGUAACUUCGGCCUUCCCGCUCACCGCCUCAUAUGCGACGUGCCCACAAAGUGGAACUCCACCUUGCACAUGCUGGAGAGACUGUGCAAGCAGCAGCAGGCGAUAGUGGAGUUUCAGCUGCAGCACGCACGGGUCAGUCGCUCUGCACCAGACUUGCCCUCCAAUUGAUCCUAGUUAAAGGAUUUAAAGUGGACUCAUUACAAUUACAGGGCCUCGAAAGAGUCCUGUAUUGUUAUUUGUCGUCACUACCUCCCCGCAUCGAGUGGGUAAUUUGCUCACCUGCUGCCUUCCUUGGAUGUGGUAGCCGUUUCUCAGACUCCCUCUCCUGAAUCGAACCCUGAUUCCCCAUUCCCCAUACAGCAUGGUAGGCACAGAAAGUAGCAUAGAAAGUUGAUAGGGCAGACAUCUGAAUGCGUUGUCGCCGUCACAGGGACGUGCGAUUGGCCCGAGGUUCUCUAGAGUCACCAAAGUGCCUGCGCAAUGACUGUCGAGUUGCCCACAUUCUAACUUGUGCUGAUUACUGGGUGGCCACCCUGCUGGAUCCCCAUUACAAGGACAACGUGCCAUCCUUAAUUCCCUCACUGGAGCGUGAUCGGAAGAUGCGCGACUACAAGCGCAUGCUGGUAGACGCGCUGCUGAGGGCAUUCCCAACUGACACCAAGGGCUCAGUGGAAGCACAAGGCGAAGGCAGAGGAGGAGGAAGAGGUCGCCAACGCAGCUGGGGCACCGCCAGCACCUCAGAAGGCAGGGUUAGCAUGGCCAAAAUGUGGAAAAGCUUUGUCAGCACGCCACAACAACCAGCACCACCAUCUGAUAUGGAACGUCUUAGCAGGAGGCAGCAUUUCAGCAACAUGGUGGAACAGUACAUGUGCACACGCCUACACGUACUGACUGAUGGGUCUGCCCCAUUCAACUUCUGGGUCUCCAAAUUGGGCACAUGGCCUGAGCUUGCCCUUUAUGCCUUGGAGGUGCAGGCCUGCCCUGCAGCCAGUGAAUUGUCUGAACGUGUGUUUAGCACAGCAGGGGGUGUUAUCACAGACAAGCGCAGCUGCCUGUCCACAGCCAACGUGGACAUGCUCACGUUUAUUAAAAAUGAACCAGGCAUGCAUCCCACCAGACUUGUCUGUACCUUGUGCAGAAUAGACAUUUAUAUUGGCCUCACCCAGCCAUUGUUAUACUCAAGUGCACUUAUUCUUUGUUUUCUUUUUUUAUAUGUCCCAAUAUUUUGGGGGCUACCCCAAUUUAAAAAAAAAACCAAACAAAAAAACAAACAAAUAGAAAACAGUGUUGGCUACCUCCUCCACCGCCACUUCCACCUACACCGCCACGGUCACCGCCUCCUCAACCUCCUACUCCACAUCCACCUCCUCCUCCUAGAGCAGGGUGCAAAAGCGGAGCAGCCAUCCCCUAGACAGUACGCCUGCUACUGCCCACCGAACCCAGGGAAUGAGCACACCCAAGGCUCCUCCUGCUUCCUCUUCUGCUGCUGUCUCGGCCUCUUCCUCCACCUCAGGAGUGACAGUGGCACCUGCCACCCCGCAAACAGACGAUGUGGCAGCAAUGCCACCACGUCCGCCACCGUCCCCAAGCAUCUCCACACUGUCCCAUGGAAGCGUUCAGCUGUCCAUCUCUCAAACACUGGAGAGAAAGAGGAAGUACCCUCCUACCCACCCGCGAUCCUUGGCCCUGAAUGCCAGCAUUUCAAAAUUCCUGGCCUUUGAAAUGCUGUCAUUCCGUCAGGUGGAGACGGACAGUUUUAAAAACCUGAUUGUGUUAUUGGACUGCAAGAAAUGCACCGCAGGCAGCAAAUGUUUCUUUUUUUUAUAUGUCCCAAUAUUUUGGGGGCUACCCCAAUUUAAAAAAAACAAAAACAAAUAAAAAACAGUGUUGGCUACCUCCUCCACCGCCGCUUCCACUUACACCGCCACGGUCACAGCCUCCUCAACCUCCUACUCCACAUCCACCUCCUCCUCCUAGAGCAGGGUGCAAAAGCGGAGCAGCCAUCCCCUAGACUGCCUACCGCACCCAGGGAACGAGCACACCAAUGCCAGCUCCAAGGAGUUCCCUGGCGUGGCAGUUCUUCAGACGAUGUGCUGAUGACAAGACACUAGUGGUUUGCACGCUGUGCAAUCAGAGCCUGAAGCAAGGCAUAAACAUUCUAGACCUGAGCACAACCUGCAUGACCAGGCAUCUACAUGGAAAGCACGAGCUGCAGUGGAGUAAGCACCUCAAAAACCAAGAAAGCUCUCAGGCUCCUCCUGCUUCCUCUUCUGCUGCUGUCUCGGCCUCUUCCUCCACCUCUGGAGUGACAGUGGCACCUGCCACCCCACAAACAGACAAUGUGGCAGCAAUGCCACCACAUCCGCCACCGUCCCCAAGCAUCUCCACACUGUCCCAUGGAAGCGUUCAGCUGUCCAUCUCCCAAACACUGGAGAGAAAGAGGAAGUACCCUCCUACCAACCCGCGAUCCUUGGCCCUGAAUGCCAGCAUUUCAAAAUUCUGGGCCUUUGAAAUGCUGUCAUUCCGUCAGGUGGAGACGGACAGUUUUAAAAACCUGAUGGUGUUAUUGGACUGCAAGAAAUGCACCGCAGGCCGCAAAUGUUUCUUUUUUUUAUAUGUCCCAAUAUUUUGGGGGCUACCAGAAUAUUAAAAAAACAAAAAUAAAAACAAAAAAACAAAUAAAAAACAGUGUUGGCUACCUCCUCCACCGCCGCUUCCACCUACACCGCCACGGUCACCACCUCCUCAACCUAUGGGUCACUUAGUAUAAACUAUGUACACAAUAGCAGAGGCUUGUGAAGGCCUUUUCUCCAUGCAUCAGGAGUUGAGCUCAGUUUGAACAAUGAAAGAGAAUACCCUGCACUCCAACCCUCUCUCAAAUGGAUAAUUCUGGUGAUCCUCCUGACAUGCUUUAGAUUUUGAUUUAUGUUCUUCCAAAGCUAAACUCAGAGAUUCCAUCUAGUGCUAUUUUAUGGCUCAGCUGUAUUUUUAAUUUGUAUGUAUUUUAUGUUAUUUUAAGUGAUUUCCCUAUCCACAUUUGUUUGCAGGGCACUUGUCCUACUCUUACCCCCAUUUUACUUCCUUUUGCAGCCCUCUAGCCCUUUCCAGGACUUUUUUAGAGGCAUUUUAGUGUCCAAAAGUUCGGGUCCCCGUUGACUUCAAUGGGGUUCAGGUUCGGGGUCAAGUUCAGAUCAAGUUCGAGUCCGAAUUCGAACUUUUUGACGAAGUUUGGCCGAACUCGACGAACCCGAACAUCCAGGUGUCCGCUCAACUCUAAUAGGGAUGAAUGUAUUGAGCCAGGGAGAUUGGACAGAUAACAUCCUCUAUUAUGUAAAUUCCACCUUUAAGAACUUCAUGGGAGUACAACACAGUAUAUUGGAAAAUGCUAUGAAGCCUCAGAGGAAUAAAGGAAUAAAGGGUGGACAUUUACUGAAAAUAAUAACUUCAUAUAUGUGUUUUUAUGUGAAAAGGUUUUUAAAGACUUGAGCUAAGGGCGGUGGUGCAAUACCUUGCCGUUGAGUUGAGUUAUGGGCCCAUAACCAUCAGUAAGUUGAGUAGUGCUUUAUUUCUCAAGCUCAGUCUCUAACCCUCCCAGAAUUGCCUGUUGAAGUUCCAGUUUGAAGACAAAUUGCUGUAUUUUCACGUCAGAAAUGUAUGGGCAUUGCUAGAGACAUUGCAAUAAUGUAGCCCCAAUUACCCCACAUAACACAACUACUUGGCUGUAACAACUUCAUAGUAAGCAGUAAUUGUAAGUUGACACGUGCUCAAUUAUAUAUUUUGAAGGACAUCUUUAAAAAUGUUUCUUCCCGUAGAUAUUUGUUAUUGUCAAGGAUUGCAUCCCACCAGCCUACGCAUAUGAGAUUCCAGAUUCAGUAGAGUAGAUAUUCAAGAUUCUAAACAGGAUGUAGUGUGAGUUGGUGAAGUCAUCAGCAGUGUUUGCAUGUCAAAGGAUGCAGUUAUAGAAAGUAAUCCAAGAACAUAUGAGUAUUUCUAAGUUAUGUAAUGGCUAAAGGCAAGUAUUUCUCAAAGCUGUACGGCGUGAUUGAUAAGAUAGCAUGAUAGUUAUCAUCAAGACAUUAUGUAACAAAUUGAUAACCUAAGGCAUACAAGUGACCAGGCCUCUCUUUAGAGCUACUAUCUUGGAAGAAGGGAAUUUUUUGCCAACUUACAAUCUCCACCAAUGAAUGGACUGAAAUAUUGCAAACAAUUGUGAUGGUUAAAGUAAAUGAGAACUUAUUAGCUUCAUUUUGAAAACAGGGGCACCCAGGUAAGUGUCAGACUAUUCACAAUUAAUUUGACCCCUUAUCACAGGAAGGCACUGGGUGACUCCUGGCACACAUAUAAAGGGCUGCAGUGGUUUUGGUGUUUACAAAUAUCCUCAAUAUGUAUUCAAAAUAUUAAAGCAGGAAUACUUCCGCAAAUAAUGAUUUUUAUGAAUUUGUCUCUCUGUCUUUCUUUUUUAGAAAACGCACAGAAAUUAUUACCUGAAAUAUCUCAGCAGACUUUUGAAUAGGAAACCAUCUAAUGGCAGGUUAGUUAAGCAUUCUUUCAACAGAAAUCUGUGAAUGGGAAUUAUCAAAUAUUUGCAUUUCGUUUCCACCUUGUCAUGUACAGUCAGGGCCGUCUUUAAUAUUGACUGGACACUGGGCAACCAUUUGCUUUGGGCCCCUGGACUCUGCCCCCUGCCAGACAUACUAACACACAUACACAGAGACAUACACUGACAGACAUACUGACACACACAAACACAAAGAUAAAGCACCGCGCCCACAGCAGCAGUAGCUUAGUAUCCAACAGCUUAAAAUACAUAGUAAAAACAAUGAGAACGUUACCUGCGCUCUGGCCUAAAUCCCCAUGUACAUUUAGACAAAAUGGAGGCUCUUUAGUUUUAUUCCAAUGGCCAUUUGAAUACAUAAGCUCACCUGCCACGUCAAGGCAAGUCUCAAGAGGUGAGUCCUACACUAGCCAUUAGAUAUGCUGAUAUCAGCCAAGAAUCUCCAAUGAGACAGGAAGGGCUAUUUUAUAAACCCUUUCACAUUUAACCCUUUAUAGGGCUUCUACACAUACAAUAAACUUUGCUGGUAUCAGGCAAAGUGUAAACAUCUCUAAUGAGACAUGAAGGGGUGUUUUAUAAACCCCUACAAACUUAACCCUGAAUAGGGCCAUAACACAUACAAAUCACCUUGCUGAUAUCAGCUAAAAGGCAAAUUUCUCUGAUGAGACAGGAAGGGGUGCUGCCCCUACAUACUUAUAAACUCUUAAUAAGACAAACGUGGGGAGGCUGGCAGCAAUGUAACAUAGCUGUGUGAUACAAAAUUCAUAUACAAACACAAAUAUAAAGCACCGCGCUUACAGCAGCAGUAACUUCGUAUCCAACAGCUUAAAAUACAUAGUAAAAACAAAGAGAACGUUACCUGCGCUCUGGCCUAAAUCCCCAUGUACAUUUAAACAGAAUGGAGGCUCUUUAGUUUUAUUCUAAUGGCCAUUUGAAUACAUAAGCUCACCUGCCACGUUAAGGUAAGCCUCAAUAGGUGAGUCCUACACUAGCCAUUAGAUAUGCUGAUAUCAGCCAAGAAUCUCCUAUGAGACAGGAAGGGCUAUUUUAUAGCCUUAUUAUUAAGAGUUUAUAAGUGUGUUUAUUGUCUUAUUAAGAGUUUAUAAGUAUGUAGGGGCAGCACCCCUUCCUGUCUCAUCAGAGAAAUUUGCCUUUUAGCUCAUACCAGCAAGGUGAUUUGUAUGUGUUAUAGCCCUAUUCAGGGUUAAGUAUGUAGGGGUUUAUAAAACACCCCUUCAUGUCUCAUUAGAGAUGUUUACACUUUGUCUGAUACCAGCAAAGUUUAUUGUAUGUGCAGAAGCCCUAUAUAGGGUUAAAUGUGAAAGGGUUUAUAAAAUAGCCCUUCCUGUCUCAUUGGAGAUGAGUAACUGGGCCCGGGGCAGCUGCCCCGUUUUCCCCGCGUUAAAGACGGCCCUGUGUACAGCAUCUACAGAGCAUUCCAUUAUGAACCCUAAUACACAUCAUUGUUUCAUUAAUAAGAUCCUUCCCAGACAUCUUCUCAAAUAAUAGUCUGGAGCUCUUCUCUAUUAGCCAUUCCUUUUCCAGAGAUAUUUUUUUUUUAAAACAGUACCUUCAAAAGAUCUUCUCGAUUAGACAUACAUCUCCCAGAGACUUUCAUUAAAAAUAAUUCCCAUCCAACAUAUCUUUUUAAAUAACCAUCCCCUUCGCCCCAAGACUGCCAAAUUAUCACUGACAUAUUGUUCUGCAACAUUUAUUACUUAUGGUUUCCUCAUGAACUGUGCCAAAUCCUAAAAUAGUUUACCUUCGAUCUGGCUACUAAUGUCAAUCUAAUGCUUUGUCUUUCUCCUUUCCACAGUAAGAACCUCGGCACUCCUGGGUCUCAGGUGUUUCGCACUAUCUUCUCCUAUCUGUAUCCUCCAAACACAGGUAUCUUGCUGUACUUUGCCAUACGAGAACAGAGGGGAACAAACAUUGGCAUCAGAUAUAGAUUUGCCUUGUGCACAUGGCUUGACAGUCUAUAGAGCAUUGUUGUGUCAGUUGUGCCACGUGUCCCAUGUUAAAAGACCUCUAUGUUCCUUCUAUCUUCCUAGAUGUUUGCUUGUCGUUAAAACCAGUCCUUGCAGUAACCGCAUCGAUGUUGUCUGGAUAUCAGGUAAAAGUGCAGAAUCCAAAAACAAAUCCUGAAACAUACAUUAGUUGUUGCUAAAAACUGCACUGUGAACUUUUCUCAAGCUGAAAGAGAUAAGAGCUUUAGCCCCAUCAUUUCACCCUGUCUGUAGGUGGCGCUGCUCCUGUUGGUGGUAUUUCUUCCCACUGUGCAGAAGAUCCGCAAGAGCAUUAAUGAAGAAUUUAUCCUUGUGCUGGCUGGUUUUGGUUUGAAUGUUGAUGAGAAUAAAACAGCGGCAGUGGAGUUCAUUGUGUAUUACAUAUGGGUUGUGGAAGGUAAGGAAGGAGAAUUAGGGGGACGAUUGCUUUGGCUAUGUUUUUUUGGGGGGGUUUCCUGUUCUGAGGACCUUGUGUUGUGGCACACACUUUGAUGCUAAUACUGAGCACCUUGAUAUUCUUCUAUCCCACAGUGUGUUACAUUGCGGCAAUGGUUCUGUCCUGCAUUGUCACUGUCACAAUGCUACUGAGAUCCCUGGUCAAACACAGGUAUGUGCUUCCAACAGGGGAGUUUAUUCCUACAUAACCAAUAGGGAUAACCACUUCCUAAGUACAAAAGCAGGGGGAUCCACUUUUAGAUCAUAAACCUGACCCCCAGUCUGCAACCAGAAACCUACAUGCAAUUAUAAACUACAACUUCAAAUUUCAAACAUACAAUCUACGUUCACAAACUUGUGUUGUCAAGCCACGUAGUCUGAUGGAUUCCACCUAAUAAAGGUCUUCAUUAUAUGGAGAUUCACUUUGUCUUGGAAUUGUUAAUGCCCAAUUCAUGUAAAUGUUAAUGUAAUUAUUUAUUUUCUGUAUUGGAUCUUGCCAGUAGUGUCCUUUCUAACACUCUGAUAAAAUGUAAUGUGUUUAGUCUUUGCGUUCCGACACGUACUGCUCAUCAUUGAAUUAUGAGCUAAGGCCUGAAUUCCCCUAGAACUCUUUCUCCACCACAUUCUUCUCCAUUUCUCGUGUUCCAUCCUGUUCUCUUCCCCAGGUGGGCCCUGCAGUCUCUCUGUGCCGGGCAGUCAUCCUUGGUGUUCCUGGACUCACGUUCCCCAAGUCCUUCUCCUUCAGUGCUUUCUAGUUGGAUGGGUCAUAUCAGCUACCAGGCUGCAUUCACCUGUAUAGGUAUUUUUGUAUUUCAUUGCAUGGAAAAAUUGUUGUAAAAAACAAUCCAGUCCAACUAUCUCUAUAGAGAUUCCAUUGAUGCAUAUUUGGCGUGGCCAACAAAUAGCUACCUAGUUGUAGUGUACUUACAAGUCCCAUGAUGCUUUGCAAGCCUGCAGUCUCGACAGAUUAAAGGACCACUCUAGGCACCCAGACCACUUCAGCUUAAUGAAGUGGUCUGGGUGCCAGGUCCAGCUAGGGUUAACCCAUUUUUUCAUAAACAUAGCAGUUUCAGAGAAACUGCUAUGUUUAUGAAUGGUUAAGCCUUCCCCCUAAUCCUCUAGUGGCUGUCUCAUUGACAGCCACUAGAGGCGCUUGCGUGCUUCUCACUGUGAUUUUCACAGUGAGAGCACGCCAGCGUCCAUAGGAAAACAUUAUGAAUGCUUUCCUAUGUGACCGGCUGAAUGCGCGCGCAGCUCUUGCCGCGCGUGCGCAUUCAGCCGACGGGGAGGAGAAGAGGAGGAUCGGAGGAGGAGAGCUCUCCGCCCAGCGCUGGAAAAAGGUAAGUUUUAACCCCUUUUCCAGAGCCGGGCGGGAGGGGGACCCUGAGGGUGGGGGCACCCUCAGGGCACUAUAGUGCCAGGAAAAUGAGUAUGUUUUCCUGGCACUAUAGUGGUCCUUUAAGCUACUGUAUUCUGUGAUGUAACAGCACUGGAUUUUGGUGUCAAAUAUUUUGUAAACCACACUAGAUAUAUAUGACAUUAUGUGAAAUUGCCGUGAGGGUUCUGGAGACAUCAUAAUAAACCACAAGACAGAAAAUCAGUUAGUUUAAAAGUCUUCAGAAAACUUCAAGUGGAUUUUUUGCCCUAAUACCCACUUGACCUUGACCGAUACAUUUUUAAAAUUACAUUAUUUUUUUUAAAUUAGAGUUAGUGUUAAGGUAGUGUAGGGCUCAAUGUUUAGUUUUUGGGUACUCUGGGGGGUUAAUGUUUAAAGUUAAUGUAGUGAUUAACAUUUAGUGCAGUGUAGGGGUUAAUAUUUAGUGAUAGCGUAUGGGUUAAUGUUUAGUUAGUGCAGUGUAGGGGUUAAUAUUUAGUGAUGUGUUAGUGUUAAUGUUCAGUUAGUGCAUUGUAGGGGUUAAUAUCUAGUGAUGGUGUUAAUGUUUAGUUAGUGCAGUGUAGGGGUUAAUAUUUAGUGAUGGCAUAUGGGUUAAUGUUUGGGUAGUGCAGUGUAGGGGUUAAUAUUUAGUUAUGUGUUAGUGUUAAUGUUCAGUUAGUGCAUUGUAGGGGUUAAUAUCUAGUGAUGGUGUUAAUGUUUAGUUAGUGCAGUGUAGGGGUUAAUAUUUAGUGAUGGCAUAUGUUUUAAUGUUUGGAUAGUGCAGUGUAGGGGUUAAUAUUUAGUUAUGUGUUAGUGUUAAUGUUCAGUUAGUGCAUUGUAGGGGUUGAUAUCUAGUGAUGGUGUUAAUUUUUAGUUAGUGCAGUGUAGGGUUAAUAUUUAGUGAUGGCGUAUGGGUUAAUGUUUAGUUAGUGCAGUGUAGGGGUUAAUAUUUAGUGAUGUGUUAGUGUUAAUGUUCAGUUAGUGCAUUGUAGGGGUUAAUAUCUAGUGAUGGUGUUACUGUUUAGCUAGUGCAGUGUAGGGGUUAAUAUUUAGUGAUGGCGUAUGGGUUAAUGUUUAGUUAGUGCAGUGUAGGGGUUAAUAUUUAGUGAUGGCGUAUGGGUUAAUGUUUAGUUAGUGCAGUGAAGGGGUUAAUAUUUAGUGAUAGCGUAUGGGUUAAUGUUUAGUUAGUGCAGUGUAGGGGUUAAUAUUUAGUAAUAGCGUAUGGGUUAAUGUUUAGUUAGUGCAGUGUAGGGGUUAAUAUUUAGUGACAGUGUAUGGGUUAUUGUUUAGUUAGUGCAGUGGAGGGGUUAAUAUUUAGUGAUAGCGUAUGGGUUAAUGUUUAGCUAGUGCAGUGUAGGGGUUAAUAUUUAGUAAUAGCGUAUGGGUUAAUGUUUAGUUAGUGCAGUGUAGGGGUUAAUAUUUAGUGACAGUGUAUGGGUUAAUGUUUAGUUAGUGCAUUGUAGGGGUUAAUAUUUAGUGAUGGCGUAUGGGUUAAUGUUUAGUUAGUGCAGUGUAGGGGUUAAUAUUUAGUAAUAGCGUAUGGGUUAAUGUUUAGUUAGUGCAGUGUAGGGGUUAAUAUUUAGUGACAGUGUAUGGGUUAAUGUGCAGUGUAGUGUGGGGAUUAAUGUAUAAUAUACUGUAGUGUAUGUGUUAAUGUUUAGUUAGUGCAGUGUAUACUGUGGUGUAUGGGUUAAUGUUUAGUUAGUGCAGUGUAUACUGUAGUGUAUGGGUUAAUGUGCAGUGUAGUGUGGGGGUUAAUGUAUAAUAUACUGUAGUGUAUGGGUUAAUGUUUAGUUAGUGCAGUGUAUACUGUAGUGUAUGGGUUAAUGUUUAGUGUAGUGGGGGGGUUAAUGUAUAAUAUACUGUAGUGUAUGGGUUAAUGUUUAGUGUAGUGGUGGGGUUAAUGUAUAAUAUACUGUAGUGUAUGGGUUAAUGUGCAGUGUAGUGUGGGGGUUAAUGUAUAAUAUACUGUAGUGUAUGGGUUAAUGUGCAGUGUAGUGUGGGGGUUAAUGUAUAAUAUACGGUAGUGUAUGGGUUAAUGUGCAGUGUAGUGGGGGGGUUAAUGUAUAAUAUACUGUAGUGUAUGGGUUAAUGUGCAGUGUAGUGUGUUAGGGUAGUGUAGGGUUGCAGAAGGUCUUCCCUGUAAAGGCAGCACUGCUGCCUGAAGUUAGUGUGAGUUAUGGUCCUAGUUGGCAGCUAUUUCAGCUCCCAUGUUUAAAAUGGCAGCUAGUGUUGUAGUCUAAAACAUACUGGAAAAUGUAUGUCAUUUUCCUGCCGCAGAUUAGGGCCUUGUGACUGAAUGAAAAUGAUCCAACAUUGGAUAUUAUUAGAUUUGUUUUAUUAUUAUAUAUAUCUUUUAUAUUAUAUUUUAAGAGAUAAAGUAUGAGAACUGUAAAAAUAUUUCUCCUUUUUUCCCCUUCCAGGUCUCAUCAUUCAGAUUGUCGUGUUAUUCGUUGCUCAUGUCUGUGUUACAUUUCUGAUUGUUAUUCCCAUUGUUUAUGGCAAGUUUCAGAUUAUCCUCCAUUUCUUGAAAAUGAGUUGGUGAGUUUCCUGCAGCCUGUGACAUAAACCUUUAUCACUAGCAUUCUAUUUAGCAGCAUUGAAACCCCCGUUUUAGAGAAGGAAUAGUAAGAAAAGAUAUGUACUAACAGUGUGCAAUAUCAGUGAUACAUUUGGUAUCAAUUAACAAACAAAAAAAAGUAUACUUUCUCUUUUUUUGGAUAUUGGAUUUAACAUAUGUAACAUUCGUUAGCUACAAUUUUAGAAGAAAGAUGCCUAUAGCUCCCUUUCACAGCAACUACAAAGUGUAGUUGCAAGCACAUUUUAUGACUGCUACUGCAGAAUACGAAUAGAGUGACAGGUGUCACUCAGUUCAGAUGCCAAGGACCAGGUAACAGACCCAACAUAUAAGAGUCAUGUAGUAGGAGGUAGCAUCUCCAAGCAGGGCCAAUGAAAUCUGAAGGAGGUGGGUAGGUAUCAUGAACUGGGAGAUGGGUAUUCCAUUAGUGUCUUACCUUAACAGGUCCUAAAAUGAUUAAAUAUAUCAUUUACCAGUGUGCAAAAAUUACAUAUUCAUCAUUUUAGGAGCUGUUACAUGUUAAGAUGAACCUGGAUGAUAUAUACCGGGCACUGUACAUGGCUAAUGUUCUCUAUAUAACGUCCUACUGAUGUUUUUCCCCAUUUCGAUUAAAGAGUUUCUUUACAUAAAUUAAGGUGCCUGACAUUUAGAAAUUCACUUUCAUAUUGACGAAGCAAGGCCUAGAUAUAAUUCAUAAAAGGUCUGUCCUCAAACCUUUACAUGAAUCAAUAUAAAAGUGGCUAUAUGUUAUGUUAGCAUGUCAGAAUGGCUCGGGAGUUUUUAAAAAUACAUUUAUUACUCAGCAGCAAUGAAUCUCAUUAUGCUUCAGGGCCACAUUUAACCUCUAUCCACUUAUCAUAUGUUUUCUACCAUUUACAAAACACAAUUCAUCAGUUUAAAAAGAGGUAUAAUGAGCAGCCAGUCACAAAGAGGGAUAUGGUACAUGUUGUAAAAUACAAAACAUAAAGUAUACUAUGCCAUGCACCACUGCGAUAAUGAACCAACUAAAAAGACUUUAGAUGAUACAUAAAAUUAAACCAGAAGGAUAAUUCCGAACUCGAAAUUUCUACUAUAUGGGGCUGGUGUGCCCAUGAAUGGACAUUUUGAGCCCUGAUUUAACCCCUUAAGGGCACAUGACAUGCGUGACCUGUCAUGAUUCCCUUUUAUUCCAGAAGUGCGGUCCUUAAAGGGUUAAAUAAUAAAAAUAUAAAAUAUAUAUAUCAAAAAAAUCACUGGUUAAAUGUGAUGUGGAAAUAUAAGCCAUUGUUUAUUCAGUACCACGCUGGUUAUUGGUCCCUGUUAAAGGCUAAAUUUUAUCACAAGAGAAUUUGGAAUCUCUGGUAACUGAGUAGCAGUUCCCCAAUUAUCUUCUAAGACAAUACUGCUAUUUAGUUACCAAAGAUAAACAUAUCUCGUAUGCUACAUCAUCUGAAGUUAGGAACAACCUCAGAGUAAGACCAGAUCUAGGUUGCUAUGGUGCACUCAACAAUCUCUUGUUACAUUAAGAGCAAGAAAAGUAUCACAUUGAAACUUAUAUAUAAUACUCUUACAGUUACUUAUUAACAUCCGAGGCGAUGUAGCAUGAUUGAAGUUGUAUAUCUGAGAGCUAAUGUGUACAUUACUGGAGAGGGGGUAACAAUACCCACAAUAUGGAUCCAGCAUAAGGCAUAACAGUAAAAUUGACCAAGUCAGUUAGGCUAAAAAAAUGUGUCCUUCUCUUCCUUAGGCCUUAUUGGCUACUUCUGUUCCUGGUGACUGUAUUGCAAUAUGUUUGCUCAAGAUUUCUAUUCUUAGAAGGACAUCCGUCUCAGACUACCAAUAGGUAUUUAUAUUCAUGUGUGUGUAUAUAUACACAUACUUACCUUUGUUGGUUUAAUAGGUGAUUUUCCUGUUUAUUUAGCAUUAUUCCACACCUGUCCUUUAAAUCUGUUGGUUUUAGUGUUUUUUUAUCAUUGAUUUGAAUGGAGAACAGCUCGUUAAUCUGUGACUUGCCAAAGCAAGAUCUAUAAUGACAGGCCAUUGAGGAGCUAUAGAUAUAUUAUCACACAAUCACAUAUUGACAUGAAGAACAAGAUUCCAGUCUUCUAUUCCAACACUCUGCAUCACUAUACAUGAAGGUACAAGUCACCAUGGAUUAAAUGCCCGUCUCACUUUCUUAAAACUGAUAGAUGAGUCAGAUAGGGUAGAGUGUGCUGGAGACAUCUGGAAUCCUUAUCUUAAUCUCAUAUGUGAAAACACUCUAAUUCCACUUUUCAGUCGAUAACACUUAAAACCAAAAAUAGACAGACGAUCCGUGCAAGAAUCAGACAGUUUUCACUCCGACUAAACCUACCUUAUAAGUAGGUGUUCAUACCAAGUUCGACAUUAGAAUGAAGACUAGUGAGCAAGUUUAGAGGAUGGGUAGGGUGUUCCUCGUUAAAUCCCUGGGUAUCAAUACAGAAAUGUUUCCAUGCGCAUCCUGCUAUGAAAUUCUUUCAAUUUCCAAAAUAUUGAAAUGGUUUAAAAGAAGUUAUUUCGAGUAUUAUUUGCAUGACAUGCACUGCACACUAUUUUGGAAGCUACCUACAGCAAAAGACAACAGGUAAUGGUUUAAGAAGUAGCUGAACACUGCACAAAUGUAUACUGGAUAUGCUAAAACAAACACAUUCUCCACUCAGUAACUGUUGUAGAUAGCAAAAGAGGCAUAGGAAACACAUAAUGAUGCCUUAAAGGGAUACUCUAAGAACGAAAACACCUUUAGCUUAAAGGGAGCCUGUAGUCACAAGAAGAACUACAGCUUAAUGUCCCUGUCCCUGCAGGCCUUUUAACUCAGACGGCCACUAGAGUUCCUUCUUGGAUCAUUGCUGAUGUUCAGCAUCUCCACGCUCUGCAUGGAGGUGCUAAACGCUCCCCAAAUUGGAUUGUCUGAGAUAGUCAAAUUUGAUUAUCUCAGCCAUGGAGGCAAAGCAGGCCGCAAAUCACCUUUUUAAGGGCAAGCAAGGGGGGCAAGACACCUAAGCAUGUUUGUAUUCCUGACACUAUAGUAUUCCUUUCAUGAAGCAGUUUUGGUGUAUAGAUUAUGCUUCUGUGUUCAUUUCUCUGCCAUUUAGAGUUAUAUCACUUUGUUUUUGUUUCUGUGGCCUUUUGUCACACCUCCCCAGGUUGUGACUCACACUGCCAACAUGCAAAAACUGUUACAGUUUCAAUUAGAUAUGACAGCACAGUGUGCUUACUUUAGAAGUUUUCAUCUCCUGGUUUGUUAAUUGAACUUUAAACACACACAGCAGGCUGCUGCGGGCUCUAACAGGCUAUUAACGAUACAUGAAAUAAGAUAUUCUAAAUUAAACAGAAUGUGCAAUCAUGAAGUUUAACCCCUUAGCGACUGCGGACGUACAGGGUACGUCAAACAAAAAACGAUCGUUAACGACCGCUGACGUACCAUUUAUGUCCACGGCACAUUUGUGCGGUGGGAGGGAUCUUGAUCGCUUCCAGACGCUCUAAGGGUAUUGCAGGGAUAUAAGUAUCCUGCAUUAUCCCACCUCACUGCCGGGCCACUGGGUAAACACCUCCCCCGGAGCGAUCACUUCCGUGUUGCUCCAUGUGGCGCCCAGCAGUGAGGCAGAGCAUCGGAUGCCAUCAGGCAUUCUUCCCAUACUCUGCUUGUGUGCUGAGUGCCUUGAGGAAUAAAAUAUUUUUUUUAAAUGUAAAAAAAUAAAUAUUAAGCCCUACUUCCCUUCCUACCUCUCCCUCCCCCUCUCUCUCCUUCCAUUCCCAUUCACUUACCCAAACGCCGCUGUUCCCCCGACGACGAUUGGUCUUUUUCUCCGUCUGGGGGGACUGUCUGACAGCCCAGACAGUCCCCCCUCGGCUAAAUAGGACCCCAUGGGCCAUGUGAUCUUUAUAUUUUUUUAGCUUGUCGGUUCGGUCUAUCUUCAGUGUAAACCAAUUAGACAUAUUGGACACCACAAUACUGUAAUAAUUUCAAAACAGAUUGAUUUUGGUCCAUAUACUAUUACAAUUAAUAUUUCUUCCAUGAUUAGAUCACGAGUGAUACUUAUAUCACUAUCUCCAUUCUCGUAAUUAACGAUUUAGCAUGACGUCAUCAGCAUUCUGGUAGAACAAUCAGACCAAAGGGUGAGUCAUUUAAACUCAAAAGCCUGGGGCAUGGGUUCCCCCUUGAAGAGCCGCUUACAGGCGAAACGCGCGUCAGGGCUCAGUGUUAAACUCCUACCCUGCUGACAGAUAUUGCCUCUCCAGAUUGAUAUUUGAGAAUUGAGAAAUACGUUUGAAGGGGCAUUAUCUAUACACCGAAAACCACUCCAUUAAGCUAAAGUUGUUUUGGUGCUUAUAGUUUCCCUCGAACUUAUUAGUUCCUUUAAAAAUACAUUUUUGCUGCUUAUUUUGUUUCAUGUUGCUUGAUAUGGCAAGUAUGCAACUGACCCCACUUUCCUUCAAAGCAGUGUCGGUGUCUGUGUGUGUGUGUGUCUGUGCAUGUGUCUGUGUAUGUUUAUGUAUGUCUCUAUGCACCUUAUUAACAUUUCCCAUUGAAGAGUUUUUAAAAUGUUUUAUAAUAUGCCUUUUAUGAUGCCUAUUACAAAAAAAAACAUUGAUUGUGAUAAUGGUGCAAUUAAAUAGUAGGCUUAUAUUCACACACAUGCACACUGAUCCAUUUCCAUCUCUUUUUUUGUCUCUCAGGAAAAGCCUCUUUCUGCUCACUUACCUAUUGCUCCCAGUGAACGUCCUUCGAGGGGGUUUGGUGUCAAUUGCCAGACUUCUGGUCUCCGCUAUCUUUAAUUUAAUCCAUUUUUGCCGGAUGGACCUGAGUCUGUUACAGCACAGUGUGCAGGGCUGGGAUCCAGGUAAUGACUGCUUCUUUAAUUCGUGUAAUUUAUUGUAAUUUCAUUACAAAUAAUCCACUGGAAUUAACUCUGGACCCACUGAAACUUGUAUACAAACUUUGGUGUGAUUUGUCAAUUCUAUUAAUUUUUCUGCGACUUUGUAAUUUUUUUUCAAAUUGAUUGCUGCAUAAACUUGUGGGAUUUACUAUGAAGAAAACUUUUUGAUCACUUGUAGAACAUUCUAAAUACAAUCAAUAUAAUGACAGAAUUAAGCUGUCACUUUUCAGAACAUUUUGAUAAAUUUUCCCCACUGUGUCAAUAUCUGUCAGUGUGACAAUAUGUUAAACAUCUAGAUUAGAUCAUAGACAGAGAGACAGACAGAUAUGUUCUAACUAGGUCUGUCGUUACAGUCUAUAUGGGGGUGUUCUUACUGCAUUAUCCGUGUUGUUUAGAUGCAAGUUAAACAAACAUUGGAAUACAUUUUUUCAUUAUCAAGACUAAUAUGUAAAUUAUGACCCCCCACCAAAUCACUGCUUAUAAAUUAGAUCCAAGAUAAAAUAUUUAUGGAUACAUUUUUGGCAAUGGUCCACCGCACUUUCCGUAAACCUUGGACCCUCAGUAGCUGUUUUAUGUUAUGCAGUUUUAUGAAAAUAUUUUAGCUGGCCGGGAAAGUCAACUUUGUUGGUCUUUAUUUUUUAGGCACCCUUCUUUUGCAUUUUGCUUUAUUGUUUAUUUUUUAUUCUUCUUCUAGAAUGUUGUUUGUUUUAAACUGGUAUGUUUUGGUCGGAUUGUGUAUGUGACCUCUCCUGAUGAUGCUGAAGUGUCUUAUGGUGCUUCUCUAAAAUGAGUUUCUCAAUGUAUUUUUUUUUUUACCUGUGUGUUAAAUAAAUAAUUGUAAAAAAAAAAACCACAGAGACAUAUUUCUUUAUUCCUGAUAAUAUAUGUUGACUCUAUUUAUUCUUACAGGCUAUAGGAACUAUUGUAACUUCUUGAUGCUGGAGGUCAGCGAAUGUCACCCACUGGUCAGAGCUUUCUGUCUGCUCCUGAAACCUCAGCAAGGGAAGCAUCCCGACCUGGAGGAGGGUAAGUGACCGGUCUUUAAACAGUAUAUUAAAAAGAUAGCAAUAAAACACAAAAACAAGUGCCGAAAAGCUAACAAAUAAGAGGGAGUAAAAAUGUUGGACUGAUAAAAGAGAAUACAAAAUUAACAAUAAAAAAGGAUGGCGUGGUCUGGACAUAGACGGGAGCAGUUGGAUGUCUGCAAAACUCCCGCCAUUAACUCGGCAAUUACCAACCCAACGGCGAUUACUUACUCUGAUUUUGGCAGUAAUCACAGCAGCCAACCUACCACAAUAUGGGGAAAUAGGCUAAAAAGCUCAAGACACUCGCGGGGGACGGCUCCGGAGAAUCAAUAAAUUGAAAGAAUCAAUACAUUUUUUAUAUGUAUCAGUAUGUUUACAUCCUAUGUAUGGAAAAUAUAGGAUGGUAUGGUUAAUCCAUACUGAAUCAAAUGUAUUGAUUCUUUCUAGAGACACUAUCACAUUGUGACUUUUAUUUAUAUUGUUGCUAUUUUUUCUUUAUGCAAGUUGUUAUCCUUGUUUUUUUUUAAAUUUUAUUAUUUAUUUCAAGAUAGCUCCUGGUGUUACCACUAUAGUAUUUUAGUGGGGUUGAUUUCUAUUUAGAAACAGUGUAUAUCUGUGUCUGCCCUGAUCUUGAGGAGGGUAGGAGGCUGGUGUGUAUACACAGUAUGUGUAUCUGCCCUGCAGGGAUAAUACUAGUCUAGGGGCAAAAAGACCUUCAGCCCAAGGGUCAAUGGGUUACUGUAGGCACUUUAACAACUUAAUUUUAUUGAAGUUGUUCUAGUGCCUGCAGCCCUGACCCCGCUCUCGUACUGCCCCAAAAUCCUUUAGUUUAGUAAUUAGAAGGUUUGAAGGCAUGGCUUCAAGUCACACCUCCAAGCCCUCUGGGUACGAGAGCCGGGAAUCUUACUCCAUUACAUACCGUGCCAUCACGCAUGCAUAUGCAGUGGCAUCAUGGUCGGCCGUAGAGAAUCAUUGUACACAAUCAUUCUCUAUGGCAGAAUCUUAGGCCCAUCAUGGCAAGCACUGCACAUGUGCCUAAGGUCCCUAAUGCUCCUCUAUGAGGAGCACUGGACUGGCCCGUCAUCCUGGAGGGACGAACAACUGAGAAAGAGGUAGCGCCAGCGCUGAGGAAUACUCAGAACUGGAGAGAAGGUGAGUAAUUUGUUUUAUUUUAAUUUUCAUUUUUUACAUUUUUUAAUUUACUUUAUAAGGGGAAUCAGGGCUGUAGCAUUAGGAAUACAGAUAUGUGUUACUAGCACUAAAGUGUACCUUUAAUGUUAUGGCUCCUCCCACAUAUAGUGACCAGAAACUCUCCUAAAACCAGCCCUAUACCAUACCCUAAGUCCAACCUUAAACACUAGCAUGUUCUAUAAAUUACAUGGUUGCAUCAAAUAUUUAAAUAAAUUCAGAGUAUUAUAUAAACAUAUACUCAUAAACUGCACAUGUUCUGUAUUAAACAAACUAAAGUGGUUAUGGUACCAGGAGUGUUCAGGUGCCUGGUGCACCAUUUAAUGGUUUGAUCUUUUACCUAGAGUGUGCCGGGUGCCACUCUCCACCUUUCUGCAGCCUCUAUGAAAGUUGGAAACUCCUGCUGGUAGCUUCUGGUAGUUCUUCUUAACUAAGCCCUACAGUGCAGCUGAUCAGUCUCAGCCAAUAAGCUAAUUGGUUAGAAGUCACAUUAAUAACAAAUCCAGCAGGGAAUUCCUGUGGCAUGCUGAAGUGGUUAUGGUACUAAGCAACAAAAACCUACAGCUGAAUGUAGUAGUUUUAAUGUAAAAAAAACCCGUCCCUGUAUGUUCAGUGUUUACAUUUGUCCCUAAUGGCUUUCACUCACACAUCCACUACAAGUACUUCAAAUUACUAUUUCUAUUGCAGAUGCUAUUUCUCUAUCAAUAUUGCAUGACACUCAGAGCUAACAAACACAUAGAGCCAAAAUUAGAACUUGUGCUUUUAAGUAGCCCACCAAAGGCCCCAGAUUAGGUAACCCUACAGUAACGAUCCUGCUGCCUUGACCUGGAUGGUGGUAGAAGAUGACUGUGUGCAUAUACAGUAUGUGUGUCUGCCCUGGAUGCUGGUAGUAGAUGACUGUGUACAUAUACAGUAUGCGUGUCUGCCCUGGAUGCUGGUAGUAGAUGACUGUGUGUAUAUACAGUAUGUGUGUCUGCCCUGGAUGGUAGUAGUAGAUGACUGUGUGUAUAUACAGUAUGUGUGUCUGCCCUGGAUGGUAGUAGUAGAUGAGAGUGUGUAUAUACAGUAUGUGUGUCUGCCCUAACCUGGAUGGUAGUAGUAGAUGAGAGUGUGUAUAUACAGUAUGUGUGUCUGCUCUGACCUGGAUGGUAGUAGUAGAUGAGAGUGUGUAUAUACAGUAUGUGUGUCUGCUCUGACCUGGAUGGUGGUUGGAGAUGAGAGUGUGUAUAUACAGUAUGUGUGUCUGCCCUGACCUGGAUGGUGGUUGGAGAUUAGAGUGUGUAAAUACAGUAUGUGUGUCUGCCCUGGAUGGUAGUAGUAGAUGACUGUGUGUAUAUACAGUAUGUGUGUCUGAUCUGACCUGGAUGGUGGUUGGAGAUGAGAAUGUGUAUAUUCAGUAUGUGUGUCUGUCCUAACCUGGAUGGUAGUAGUAGAUGAGAGUGUGUAUAUACAGAAUGUGUGUCUGCUCUGCCCUGGAUGGUGGUUGUAGAUGAGAGUGUGUAUAUACAGUAUGUGUUUCUGCCCUGACCUGAAUGGUAGUAGUAGAUGAGAGUGUGUAUAUACAGUAUGUGUGUCUGCUUUGAUCUAGAUGGUGGUUGAAGAUGAGUGUGUGUGUAUAUAGUAUGUUGCCUGCCCUGAUCUGGAUGGUGGUAGGAGAUGAUUGUGCGUAUAUAUAGUAUGUUGCCUGCCCUGAUCUGGAUGGUGGUAGUAGAUGAGAAUGUGUAUAUACAGUAAGUGUACCUGCCCUUACCUGGAUGGGGGCAAUAGAUGAGAGUGUGUAUAUACAGUAUGUGCCCUGACCUGGAUGGUGGUAGUAUAUGAGUGUGUAUAUACAGUAUGUGCCCUGACCUGGAUGGUGGUAGUAUAUGAGUGUGUAUAUACAGUAUGUGCCCUGACCUGGAUAGUGGUAGUAUAUGAGUGUGUAUAUACAGAAAGUGUGUCUGCCCUGACCUGGAGGGCAGUAAAUGACAGGUGGGUAUAUGCUGUAUGUAAGAGAGAGCUAUAUGGCUAUUGACUUAAUUGGAUCAAUAUACAGUUGAAUUUCCAGCAGAGGCUCUUCUUCAUUUAAAUUGAAUUGUUUAUUCAUAGUGGUUUAACUCUCCAUAAUAAAUAUAUAAACUGUGAAAAUGUCAUAUCCAAAUACAGUACAAUACAAUUGUGCACUAAAUGAUAAUGUCCCAUCUUGCUCCAUAUUGCAUUUCCUCUUACAUAUAAAACUACUUUUAUGGCUUUCUAUAACAUUGAUGCAAUAGUUCACAUACUCUUUCCCUGUAAACUCAAAACGUGUGCUUCCACAAAACAUACAAUUUAAACAUAGUGCCUAUAACUAGAGACAUAUUAUUUUCAUUAGCCCUUCAUUCACUUUGUAUGUUCUACAUCAGGAGUAGGCAACCUUCGGCAGUUCAGGUGUUGUGGACUACAUCUCCCCUGAUGCUUUGCCAGAAUUAUAGCUGUAUGCACAUUAUGGGAUAUUAAGCCCAUAACAUCUGCAGUGCCAAAGGUUGCAUACCCCUGUUCCAGAUUCUCUUGAUUUUAUUGCCCCUGUCUUUUGUUGCUUUCCUCCCAAGUUCAUCAUAUCAUUUGACCACAUACUUCUUUUUUUAAACUCUUUCCAGGAAUUCACCUGAUGCCUCCCGAUGGCCGAUCUCAUAAGGGUGGACGAUCACAACUAGCUCGGGCUCGCUGGAAUCUUGCUUACACCCUUAUCCAUAACCCCUCUCUCCAUUCUCAGAGAAUUCCUACAUGUUCCAAUGGAACACCUCGUUUGCAACCCACGUAGCAUCUGAUACACCAGAUACCUUCCAGUGACAUAGUCUACCUCUCCCCUCCUACACACACCCAAAACACGCUGCUGAGCAGGAUGGGGUACUGUGGGAGCUGGCUAUUCCCUUUAUUUUUGUAGUUUAGUAAAAUAUUCAGAACUCUGACUCUACUGAAUUUUCCUUUAUAUCAAACAUCACCCUGUUAUUUUCUAAUUUUAUCAAUCACAUUGCUGUCUGUCAUUUAAAAAAAAAUCUUUCUUCUAAUUUUUCUUUUAUUUCUGAACCCAAGGUGAUUGAUAUUCUUUGAGAGCUAUCAGAUUGAAAUCAAAGGUAUUUCCAAGAUGUACUGAGUGCCUUGGCAAACAUAGGUCAUGGUGCACUUAAAGCACCUGCUCUGCUAACGUACUGGUAUCAUCUUCCACGUUUUUGUAAAACGAACGUUUGUAUUUUAGAGAAUCUAUGCCUCAAUAUAAUUUCCAUAAGUCUUUAUUGCACUUAGUAUUAAUAAUAUCUAUAAUAUCAUCAUUUGUAUCUUCUUUAUCCCUUCCUAGGACUCUUUCUUCACUUUUAACCCAUUCAUCUCCUCCCUGUUUAUUUCACCUGUUCUCGGCCUAAUCCUUGUUUAGCAGAUUCUUUACGAAUCACUCUGUAUAACUUAUGUGCAGAUAGAGCUAACAAUGUUAUGUGAUGUUAUAUAAAUAUAUACCAGGAUACAGAAUGAGAUUAGGGAAUAAACCCCAAUGUCACCUGAAACCUGGCCAAAUGGGAUCCCUAGAAAAUGCCUUAUUUAUUACCACUGAACUGCCAAACAAAUUAGCAUAGAUAUAGCCAAAGAUAUUGACCCUACAAUCACUGCUGAAUUUCCUCUUUCCGAAACCAUAAUCAAGAGAAGUUUCUCCUGCUCCUCCCGCAGCCAUCCUGAAGCCUGAUAGUUGGAAAAGGAUGUGAUGCCUGCUGUAUGGUUAUGCAAACGACAACUAUAAACUAUGUCCUUUUUGAUAGGAGUCACAAAAAUGUUCCUGUUGUCCAUGAAUUGUAGCAUCACCUCAAUCUCCUUAGAAUGACGUGUCAUGAAGUCUUGGUCUCCAGCCUUCUUGCAGAGGAACAAGGCCUUGUCCAGCAAGGGGUCAUUACUCUGAAUUUGUAAAGGUGCUCUGCAUUGGAAAUCGGGCAAUUUUUCUAGUGAGACACCUGACAGCUCCUUGGGAAACGAACAUGCAAUCUCUUUUUUUUUGUCAAUGGUGACCAUGGAUUUCCCUAGCCAAUCCUUAAGCCAAAAUAAAGAGCAAGAGCAGUUAAAUGGGUUAUUGUAAAGACUGAGGUGAGAUAAUGAUGUCAAUGAGUCAAAAAGCCCUUCUGGAAGAGAUAGUAUCUUGUUGCUACUGAGCUGUAGAGAUCGGAGACUUUUAGAUGUAAUGAACGUAUUUGCUGGAAGAGUCACCAGAUUAUUAUUGUUGAGAAUCAGGACCUGAAGUUCGUGGAGGGCUGGGAGAUCACUCCAGGGAAAAUCCAAGAGUUGGUUAUGACUGAGGUCGAUGCUCAUUAGCUUUGACAUGCCUUUGAAAGUUCCAGGUUGAAUACUGGUGAUCUGGUUAUAUGCUAACCACAGGGACUUGACCAUUAUGGUAGCGGCAAAGGAUGAAGUGUUUAGGGUGCUGAUGGAGUUGGCAGAGAGGCUAAUUUGGCUGAUGUUGAAAGGGAGGCCUGUUGGUACCGAAUCUAGACCUCGGUAAGAACAAUCUGCAGAAGGAUGGGCAGAAUUGGUGACACAGUUGCAGUGGACUGGGCAAGAAUUGCUUGGCACUAGGCAUAGGUACCAAACAGAACCAAAUAAUAUAUGGAAGUUCGCCAUGAUCCUAUUCAUCCCUAAAAAGAAGAUAUUAUUGUUAAUAGCAUGUUUCUCCCUUAGGAAGGGCAAUGACUGACUUUAAAAAAGGAAUUAGUGGGAUGCGAUAAAAAUAUUCGUGCCUGAGAUUUUUUUAUACAAAGUUUUGGCAAAUGGAUGGGCACUUCCUGGCAUUAGAAGAUGUUACGAUAGAUUGCUAUUUUCUAGAUAUCAACUUGCGAUUAAUCUUUUGUUUAGUUUAUGUAUCUCUCUGUCCUCACUCCUGGUGUUGUAGCAGUGAGAAUCUAGAAUUUCUUCCAGCCUCUGAUCACACAAUUAUCUCACAUGAUUUAGCCGAAUGCCGUGCAACUGGAAAGGACUCCAAACAUUGCUUCCAUCACUGUCACAAUUCUUUCUAUUAGAUUUUCUAUGUAUUUUUUAUGGAUCCUAACUCAAUGACCCUUCUUUAACACUUACUCAAAAACAAUACUUUUCCUAUCUCUGUCCCUCACUUCAUCGUCUCUGUAUUUUAAUUAGUGUUUACAUAACUUUCUUUUCUCCCUCUUAAUCUCUAACAUUUCCUGUUUUAUACUUGAUCUUUUUUCCUUAAUUCUUCUAUAACUUCCAUAUUGGUUUACUUACCUCAGUCUUCCCUUUUCCCUUGUUAUCACGCAGACUGUGUAAAAAAUGCUCAGACCCUCUUCUUUUUUUUUCUUUCUAACUAACUCCCUCCUUCCUGCUUCCUCUACAGACUUCGUAGAGAUCCAAAAAUAAUAGCAUUACAAGCCAAAUUCCGUCCUACAGCUAGAGAACUGACCCACAAUCCCUUGCUGCUCUUAGUAAUCUCUCAUACUUGAACCAUCUGGUGUCAGUUUCACUUAUUUUUAUUAUUGGAUCAAUUUUUUCCAAUGGGUGGACAGGGAAUAAUAAUAAAAACUAUAUUGAUCAACGGUAAAGAAGGAUGAUGAAGAUAAACAAUCCCUAGUAACAUGUCAUUUUUAAAUGUCUUGUUAGGUUCAGCUUUCGGGGCUUAUGUAAUCCACGCUCCUUUUAAAAAAAAAGACAACAAACUAAAUUUUAUUUAAUUUUUUUAACAUUUUUAUUUAAAGUUGUAUAUUUCUGCAGGCAUAUACAUUUUCCAAGUGCUGAAAUAUGGAUCACUAAUUAAGGAUAAUUUGUUGCAGAAUCCUUAUUGUACUGAAAGCAUAGGCAGUGUUGUUGCUGUUAUUUUGGAAGUACAUAGCAGGUGGAUUCAGCGUCACGCUUGUAGGCUUGCGCAGUGCAUUUUGUUAGAGUGCGCAGUGAGAUUGUUUUGCUUUUUUUAAAUUUUGGUUUUAAGGAAUGCCAAAUGAUAGCUAAGCUGUCAGGAUUAAACACUAAACUAUGAAAGGGGCAAUUGGGGCAAAAAUAACUGUUUUAGGAAAACAUUUUUAAUUCAGUCAUCAUCACAACUCGUCUAAUUUAGCCUGGAAUUUCUAAUUUGGAUUUUAAUUCAGUGCGGAUUGAAGGUAAACAUGCAUAUUUUAUUGUUCUCAUUGGCAUCAAAAUUUGUCUCUAAGCAAAUAAUGAGCUAUUUUGAAUAAACAAGUGAAGUAUAAAUAUGAACCACAAUAGGGGAUUGAGUGGACAACUGCAUAAAUCAUUAGGGUAGUGCCUGAGUCCAAUGAUAUACAGUUUGUCCUAUAACGAUACCGAGACCCGUUUUAGCAGCAAAUGUUAUGCUUCAUACUGUCCCACUUGUUUAUUACUGGGGAUUAUUUAUAAAAUAGUUUUCAUGAGAAAACUGAUUAGAAAUGGUAAUUGACCAAAAUAGGCAUCAGUCUACCAGAUGCCUGGAAAUAGAAAAGUGAUCUAAUUUGUAUAUUAAUAAAAAGUGAUCGCAUAUGUUUAAUUUUUCAUUUAGUUUUCAGAAAUCUUGUUGCAGAGGAUGAAUAAAUAUGUGUCAGAAGUGCAAUUUUAAAAAAACAACAAUAAUGUAUUGCACUUUAAUUAUAGGCACAUUAUAAGAUUAUAAGAUUAUAAAAUAUAACAAUGUUAUCUUUAGAGGUACACCUAGCUUACUUGGCACCUUUGGCCUGGAACUGAGCCUUGGCACCCACCUCUAACCCCAGUAAUGAUACAUUUUAGAGUAAACGUAUGAUUUAUGAGCAGGCAAAAUAAUUCUGAAAUUAUGUACAACAGGGUGCCCAAAAGGUUAAUCUCCAGAUGAUGUAGAACUACAACUCACAUCAUGCUUUGCAUGGCUUUAGAAUGCAUUCAGAAUGGCAAAGCAUCAUGGGAGUUGUGGUUUUAAAACAUCUUGGGAUCUACCUUUUGGGCACCCCUGAUCUAUAUUUACUUUCAUGUGAUAUAAAAAAAGUGUGCAUUGGAUGUUAAUUUAAAGAGACAGGAUGGUGAUACACUCCUACUGAAAUAGCAAUGGACAUGGGACCUUUAUUUUUUAUUAACCUUAAUGAACAAUGUUACAGGGUGCUAGAAAGAUUUGUAAUAAAUAAGAUCAUAGUAAAAUUCAAUUCAAAAUCUAAUUUGAACCAUUGUCACUUUUUAGCUACAUCAGUAUCCCUUAUGAUUUUGAAGAAGCUCUCCCACUUCUUGGGACGUAAUUAUCUUUAAAUCUAGACAGCCAUUGCUUUAGGGUGUGAAACAUUGUCUGUCACUGAAAUUGUGUCACAUUCAAAAGGUGUUAGAUUUGAUUUUUUUUUUUUUUAUAUGCGACAGAGCUAUCAUUGUGUGAUACAACUACAUAUGUACCCAUUAAAAACAUUGAGUCGAUCAGUUUAAUGGGAGUUACCUGGACAGUCUUAAAAAGGGUGAUGGUGAGUUUUACCAAGGGCUGCAUUACAAUCCCGCGUUGGUAACUGGUCAAUAACAUUUCCUGACUCAUAGCUGGUAUUGUUUGACAGCUAUCAAUGCAAUCACAAUGCAAAUUUCACAAACAUUUUUUUUUAGCCAAUAACACCACCAAUGUCAAAAAUUGUAUUGUCAUAAAACUCAGAUUACAUACUGAUUUCAUGGUUAAUCUCGCAAUGCUGAGCUUGAUAGGUCCAUGUUACAAUGUUAUCAACAAAACUACUUGACACCUUUUGAGAGGAUCUCGAUUGCAUCACAGGUUAAAGGUCACAAAGAGCCAAGUGCAUUGAUACUGCCAAUAGGUGACAACUGUGGCAUUAACCUAUUAUAUAAUCCAAAUGAACAGUUCCAUGUGUGUACGUUUCUUUAAGGUACUAAUUCCUCUUUGGCUUGAGUGUCAUCACUGAAACUUGCCAUCUUAAUGUCAUCCUGUCAAACUCUAUGGAUACCUGGGAUUGUGAUCACAUCCACAUCACUAAUGACUCAUUGAUAGAUGUUUACAUUUUGAUACAUAUCUGAUAUGAGAUCGCGAUUUCCCUACAAAUGUUUUUCAAACAUUUUAAAGCAUUUGUAAGCGCAUACAAUGGGCGAAGACAAUGAAAAGAAACAGAUGUGAAACUUAGGCUAUACUUUGCUGCAGAACAACAUCUUAUGUCUACACUCCAGGACGUCCGAAAGAUGUACAGCUUUAAAAUGACCACAAAUACCUUGGCCAUUGUAUGACCAUGCAGAGUAUGGUCAUACAAUACCAACAUGGUUCCUUCACCACGUUAAACCCUUAGCAACAUAUAUUGAGGGCUGAAGGCAUCAUUUGGCUUUCUCUUGAAGCAAACCCAUAGGAUGCAGAAUGCAGGGUGAAAGUGACUCAUUAAAACCAUAUUACUUUUCCCAUUGCUCCACGGUCUGGGGUUUUUAGAUCCAAACUCCGGAUUAUGUGACAUGGAUGCCAGCAGAGUCCCAAUGUCACCCAUGCAAUUAAUAUCAGGUUUGUGGAACUCUGUAUUUGUUGACACUUGCAAAUCAAUGUGCUAAUAGUCAGACCUCUUUUAUAACGGACAUAUUUAGCUAAUAGAAAACAUUCAAUCUUGCUAAGCUUUGCAGCUGCAUUUGUAAUCCUGUUUUACUUUCUUCAAAGUUAAUGACUCGUUUUGAACAGUUUCUGUUAAUUUACACUUUUCACCUUCAGUACUUAGUUUUGCAUUAGCUUCAUGAAACUAUCAAAGAAUAAACUAUACAUAAGGAGAAAGCUAUUCUGGCAUCAUCAGAUGACUGGAAUAAGAGAGGGAUGGCAGUAACUUUAUCAAGUAGGUUACAUAGUUACAUAGUUGAAAAGAGACUUGCGUCCAUCAAGUUCAGCCUUCCUCACAUAUGUUUUUGCUGUUGAUCCAAAAGAAGGCAGAAAACCUAGUCUGCAGUGCUUCCAAUUUUGCAACAAAGCAGCUAUUACCCCACUAAUUAGAAAUUAUAUCCCUGUAUGUUAUGUUUUUGCAAGUAUUUAUCCAAUUGCAGUUUAAACAUCUGUAUGGACUCUGAUAAAACCACCUCUUCAGGCAGAGAAUUCCACAUCCUUAUUGCUCUUACUGUAAAAAAAACUUUUUCUUUGCCUUAGACGGAAUCUCCUUUCUUCCAGCCUAAAUGUGUGACCUCGUGUCCUAUGUGUAGCCCUGUUUAUAAACAGAUUUCCAGAUAAUGGUUUGUACUGGCCCCGAAUAUAUUUUUAUAAAGUUAUCAUAUCCCCUCUGAGGCGCCGUUUUUCCAAACUAAAAAAGAUUUAAAUUUUUUAACCUUUUUAAGGUGAAUAUGGCCAUGCCACCGAGAUGCCAGGUAAUACCGAAACUGCUUUUGCCAUCUCUCGCUUGAUCUGACAAAGUUUUAGCAAGUUUAAAAUGACUGCAGUAAGUGACUUCAAUUUGAGCAUUUUGCUUUUUGAUGGAUAAUUGAAAUUGCCAUGGAAACAGUGGGUUUAAUUCUUAUCCUUCCACACUCCCAUCUGUCACUCAUUGUUUUCUAAUACUCAUUUGUCAUAUAGUCAAUUUGACUUUCAGAAUCCCACUUUAAAGCUAUCAUUACAUCAUUUCCACUGCUCACUGUAAACUAGCAAUAUUUAACCUUUACAUUUCCAGCUGAAAUCAACUAUUUUUUCUAUAUCGCCCAUACAGCCGAAAGACUGCAUAUUACGAAUAUUUUAUGUCUGCAGCAGUUUAUCUAGAUAAUGUAGAAAAAUUACAAUUUACAUUAACUAAAGAAAUUGUUUUAUGUUGUUCAUAGCUUAUAACACUGAGCCUGCAAUAUGAUGUUGUUUGUUAAAUAUAAUGAGAGUUAUACAGAAAGACAUUUGAAUAUUGCAUGUUUUUAAUCUAGUCAUCUAGAAAGCUCUGUUUAAUUGUGCGUACAGAUCGCUAACAAAGACGUUUUGCUGGGUGAUUUAUCUCAAUAAAUCACUGGGUACUUACUACUCACAGAAAAGAUUUUGAGAUUAGAGCCCAUUUUUGUUCCAUAUGCC